AUGGACGGUUUCGGUGGUAGCGGAGUACUUUUGAGAUUGACGAGUACGAUGAGAGUGUGGUUGGUGCCGAUACAUUUAGCAUACCCAAAGAGCACGGUAAAAAACCCGGUGGAACAAGACGGUCAAAAUAAGUCGGUAGAGGAUUGUGUCGGUAACGAAAAAUUCGUGGCGGUAUGAUAAGUUAUCGGACGAAAAAACUAAAGGGAUUGGCAAUCGGCUAACUGGCACGGACACACGUACCGUGGCCAGCAGCGAGACGAGCCCAGUAAUGCGUGAACGUUAUUAUCGCACCCGUCGUAUUACCGGUAGAAAAUUACUAAACAAAUGUACUUAUUUCAAAAUUUGUGAUUUAAUGUAAUGUUAAAUGUACAAUGACAGUAAUAUUAUAAUAUUGUAUUACAAUUUGCGAUACAAUUUAAUAGACGUUCAAUAAUUAUUUAGAAACAUAAUUUAUUGACUUUAUAUUACAUACUUGUAGAUAAUUUGCUAACAUAAUAAUAUGUUGUACUCAAUUAUACAAGGGCAUACGCAUAGGGAAGAGUGGUCGUAUCGUGUUUAUGUUAUUUUAUCAUGUACGUAAAUAGUGCCGUAGACAGGAAAUUAAUAUGGGGAGGAGUUUAUUCAUCAUAGUAAUUACAGUGAUUAAAUUAGUUCUUAAUUUGUACAGCUUACGUUUUCUACCAUAAAUUUUGAUCCAAUAGAAAAACAACUACAGACCUUUGUUGUAUUUUUAAUCUAAAUUGUGAGAAAGUAAAUCGUUUUUUGUUUUUCUUUAUAGUUUGUUUAAUAAUUGAAAGCAGAAAUGAAUGCUUGAAAAUUUGACAGGGUGUUCAUUAUAAGUUGUAAGUACUGUGAUUAAAAAACAAAAUAAUAAAUUAUUAUUAUUAUUUUUUUUUUAUAAGAGUUUUAAAAUCAAAUUUUGUCGAAAAUCAUAAAUAUUAAAUACAAAUAUAAAUAACGGCCUUUUAAAAAAAUGUUCAAACGAACUUCGUUUCGAAUCGUUUUCCGUUAGAAAUCGUUUACUUUUGGUUACAGUUAUAAAUUCCCAACCUUCUCAACUAUUCACGGUGGCCGCACCCGUUCCCAGUAUCUGCUCUUUUUUUUAAUUUAAACCGAACAGCAUUUUAGCCGACAUCACAAUUUAUUAAAUUAUAUAUUUUUCCGGAAACAAUAUUUAAUUUGUCUGAAUUGCAUUUUACACAACCGAGUCUUAUUCAUUAAUAAAACACAUAAUAUGAUUAAUGUGUAGAAAUUAUUUUUUUUUUUUUUGUUUACUUGUCGAAUGUUAAAAAUUAUAACUAAAGAAAAAUGUAUUUUCCAAAAAAAAAAGUAUAUUUCUGGCUAAAGCGCGAACCACAGUCUAGGGCAAAUUGUUUUUCGAAUAAAAUAUUUAUCGACUAUAUAAAAUCGAAAAUACGAUUUGGAAUUUUUUCAGAUUUUAUAAUUCUGUUGACCCUUAUAUUUUUGACUUUUUUUUUGAUAGCACCAUGAUCAUUGCUGUGAAAUAAUUAUUAUUAUAAUAUAUAAUUAAAUAUUUCUAUCAAUGUUACGUAGAUUUCUAUUUGAAAAUAUUAUUAUACCGCUCUGACUCACUGCAUGUACCCUACGCCAUUUCCUAGAGAUGCAUUUUAAUUCAUGAAUAUAUACGUCACAAUCAUCAAAUGGAAAGCGAAUGUAAACAGCAUUUCUGUUGGAGGCACUUUUACUAUAGUACGUAUUGUUGAUUUUUUUUUUCUUUAUAACACUCGAGAUUCGAAAUGGGAGAAAAAAAAAUAAUGAUUCAGAUUAUUAUUAUUUAAAUGGUCUGACAAAAUAAUAUUUUAUUUUUCUCAUACAAAUAUAAAAUCGCGAUAAACGAAUUUAAUAUUAUAAUAUUCAAAAUAUUAUUCUAUUAUUCUAAUUAUUCUCUGGUAAUGUUGUAUGAGAAUAUAAUAAUAUUAUAUUAUUGCUAUGCAUUACAUUGUGAAGAGUCACAAGAUAAUAAUAUUAUUAUCAAAUAUUGUCAACGGUCAGAUAAUAUUUUUCUUUAAACGGUUUUAGCGUAAUCAAAAUUAAAAACAUAUUGUAUUUAGAAUAAUUUCCGUGGAUUAUUAUCAACAUACAAUAUUUGGUAUUUUUUAUUUAUUCUACAAUAAAAAAAAAAAAAAAACAAAAAAAUUAAAUGUAAAUUAUUAAAUUAUUGUGAUUCAUUCGUUGUUAUAAUAUUUAUUCAUAUUACGUGUAUUAUAUUAUUGAAAACUCGUAUAUUAUAAAAUAAUAUGAUAUUAUAGAUGUUAAAAUAAGUCUAAAAAACAAAACGAAAUCCUAUAAUAAAUAAUUAGUUAAAAAAAAAAACAUGAUCCACGGACCAAAAGUUUAAUAUUUUUCGUAUAUAAAUUUAAAUUUUCAAUUAAAAAACAUCAUUUAUCAUUUUUUCUAUUUUAUAUUGCAUCACACCCAUUAAAUAUAGAUAAUAAAUUAAAUGAUCAAAAUUACAAAACUGUGCCAAUAUUUAGAUACCUUUUAUCAACUUUUAACAACUAACAUAAAAAAUUUGCAACUUCCAAAAUUGUUUUUAGAGGUAUGUACCUGAACUUGGACGAAUCUUAUUGAAAAGGUCCUAUAAUUAAUGGAAUCUGAUUUAUUUCAUAUAUAUUUCGAAAAAAGCGCCGCUAAAUUCCCACACCAUACACAAUUUGGUUGUAAGAUGAUGUCGUAAUGGAAAGACGAUAAUGGGUCUAUUAUUGUAACCUAUAUUAUAUAAUUUCCAAUAAUAUUUAACCUGAGUUUCUAAAAAUAUUGGGUCGUGACAAAAAUUUUCAAUUUCUAACCUAUCUAGUAAAUAAUUAAGUAGUAUAACAGAUUUUAAAAGAUAAUUUUAUUUUAGAUUCUGAGUAGAGCGAAAAAGCUUAUGGUUUUCCAAAGAUGUUUACUUUUUUUUAUUUAUCUGUGCGCAAUUUUCUACCAGGAAAAUUGAUCGAAUUUCUUAGUGUAGCACCUUAUCUGAAAUAAAAUCGACAUGGGGUGUACUUAAGGGAGGUCAUUUUUCGCAUCAAAUGCGAAAAACCGAACAAUAACAAGAUAAAUAUAAAUUACGAUUUUUUUUUCUGUGGACAACUUUUCUAUCAACAAUUUUGCUCCAAUUUUAAAGAUAGCAAUAUUUCUAAAUGGAAAUUUCACUAGGGAGGUAUUUAAGAAAGGUCAUUUUUUGAUUUUCUCAGGAGUGUUUUAAUCAAAUUUGAAAAAUCAAAAAAAAAAAGGGAAAAUAUAAGAAAUGUAGGUAUUAGUUAAAAUAUAUUACGGUCUUCUUUUUUUCUAAUUUUCAUGAGGAUAUGAACGACCUAGCCACCACUGACUAUAACACUGGAAUAUGUAUACUGUAUAUACUUAUAUAUAUUGGAAUGCUAAAAAAAGAGAUGAAAAAAAAAGGUAAAACCUAAAUUACAAAAUGUUGGCACUCGACCAAGAAAAAGGUUCACCACUCCUUUAGCUGGUAUGUUAUUAUAAUGAUUCUGUCAAUAUGAUAAUCAGGAAUAUAAAAUAUAGUUUGUUUAGUGUUCAUUCCAGGAACUGUUAAGUACACAUUUGCAUCGAUAAAUUAACGAAUCGUAGUGUUUGGUACCAACACAUCUAUAAUUAAAAUUAUUUUUGUAUAUAUACGCGUACAAUGUAAUUAACGGUUGAAAUAUAAUAAAACAUAAACUAUAUACAUACAGGUUGAUAUUUUUUUAUCACGAACUAGCAAUUUCCUCAGAGGAUUUUAAGUGAACUUGAUUUAUGUAUUUUUUAAUCAUUAUGGAAUUGGUUAAGCUUUAUUUUAGAACCACUUUUAAUUUUUACCUCUACACCAUAUACCUUAAGUAAGUAUAUACUUUUGUUUUUCAAAUAGGAAUCCCUUUCUUUAAAUACAGAUUUAAAUAGGGAAUAUUUUUCUAGAAAUGUUGAUAUGCAUAACACUUUUAUCAGAUUUACCGUUUAUAAGUUAUAACUGUUUAAAGUUUAGAUCGGUAGAGUAGAGAAAAGUUAUCAAUUUAUCAUUUAAAAAUAGAUAGGCAAUCUACCCCAAUCUUAUUCUUUUCUACUCUAGUAUAAACUUUAAACGGUUAUAACUUAUAACUCAUAAAUAAUAAAUCUGAUAUAAGUGUCAUGCAUAUCAAAAUGUCUAGAAGAAUAUUCUUUAUUCAAAUCUGUGUUGAAAAAGAGGGGGUCCUAUUUGAAAAAAAAACGUAUAUACUUAUUUAAGGUAUAUUGUGUAGGGGUAAAAAAUUAAAAAUGAUUCUAAAAUAAAGCUUAACCAAUCAUCAAAUCAUUAUGGAAUGAUUAAAAAAAAACAGAAAUCAAAUUCACUUAAAAUCCGUUUACAAAUUUAAACACUCAUAUAAUAUGAUUCAAAAUGGUACAGUUAUUUUAUCAUGUAAGUAUUCAAAAUAAAGAAAAAUGUAUAGUAUAAAAGUUUUUCGAUUAUAAACAUCUAAAAUAAUUUGUACAUUUUUUUCUCUGGAGGGGGGGUAUAUUAUUGGAAUACAAAAUUUUAUGCUAUACAUUUUUCUUUAUUUUGAAUAUUUACAUGUUAAAAUGGCUGUUUCAUACAUUUUGAAUCAACCUGUAUAUACGAUUAUAAUAUUUACUUAUAUUAUAAAAUUUGUUUAGACUGUUUAGUUAUCUAUAUUAAAACAUUCAAAACUCGUAAAUACGUAAAUCGCAGUGAUGACGUGAGAGAUGACGUAUAUUUUUAUAAGUCUGACGAAUAUAAUCACGAAUAUGGGAGACUUUGGGGGAUUACCUCUCUCAAAAAUGUCAAACUUGUUAUUUUGUUACUUUUUUUUUACAUUAAUUGAACUGAUAUAUAACUGAAUAUAUAUUUAUAAAGACAUAAUAUAUCUAAAAUCUAAAUUAAUAAAUAGUACAAAUCUCAAACGCUAUUUGUGUCUAUGCUAAGAUUAAUUGUUUUUUAAUAGGUGUUUAGCGUGUAGCUAUUUGAGUUGGUUUAGCUGUGUGGCCCGUGUGGUAGUGUAAAGUAAUCGAGGUAAAAUAAAAGGCCAAGUUCAAUGUUUUUGCAAAGGGACUUUAAAGCGUUAGAAGGAGAGUUAAUAAUAAUAACAUAGGCGUGGAGUCUUUAAUCAAUAUAAAUGGGUGGGUAGUUUAAAUAAAUGUUUGUUAUCUUACAUUUGAUAUAAGUUUGCGCCACCGUCGGUAAUAUUUAGAAAACGAAAGAGAUUUAUUUAUUUUGUUUUUCAAAUACUUCACACAAAUAUAUUAUUAAUUAUUAUAGUAUAUUAUACCUAGGUAGGUAUUAUACCUGUGAUUCCAUAUUUAAAUAAUAUUAUGUUGAACACUAAACAAAUGCAUUUAUUUAGUCUGUUAUAAUACGGUAAUCAGCUAUUAGAAAACCUAACCAUUCGAUUUUUGUAAAAUCGAAAAAAAAAAAACGGACAUACUUCGCACGUAGGUAGAUCACUGUUGUAAAUAAGAAGUUUGGAUGGUAGUAGAGGGAAAAUUUAAUAUAUAUCUGUAUGUAACGAUUAUCCAUUACUAUUAAAAAAAAAAGCGAUUUUGAACAGAGAUCAGUUAAUAGUGUUGCUUUGCCAAUAAUACAUGUAUCAUUGUAUCAUACAAAUUAAAUAAAUAGUUAAACAAUUAAAAUAAUUACAUGUGUAUUAUAUAUUCUCUUUAAUAAUAUUUGUUUAAUAUUUUACUUAUUUUCCCGGUUUUUCCAUGUUUUUCCCAUUUAUUGGGAAAAUUCCUGGGAAAAUCAAAAAAUGACCCCCUCCUCCUCAUAAAAUGAUGAUACCACUGUCCGUAACAUAUAUACACUCCACUAAAAUACAAUUACACAAUUUACGCCCUAAAAAAUAAAUAUUAUUAAUAAUCAAAAUUAGGCGACCUACUUGUAAUAGUAUAAUAUUAUAUGUUACCCGACGUCGUCCGUGAUUUGAUUUUGUCCGCCACGUUUUACAAAAAUAGAUUAAGUAACGCGUGUAGUGCAUAUUAUAAUAUCGAAUAAAAUCAUGUUUUAUACAUAUUACAGGUCAAACAACGAAAACUUUUGUUCCUAGUAUAGGUACUGUAUAAAACAUUUAGUAUCGAGUGAAUGAUAAUAUUAUAGUGUAGAUAAUCGGCAUACACUACAAAUUUCUGAAUAUUUAAAUGACUCAUACAUUUUUUUUUUUUUUACAUUAAUUAUAUAUAAACGGAAAUUUUGCUCCGAUUUACAAUAAGAGCACUUUUUCUGAAAGGAAAUCUGACUUGGCUGAUAAUUUAAGCAGGUAAUUUUUGAUUAUCCCAUGAGUUUUCCUAGUAAAUGGGAAAACCGGCAAAAAACGUGAAUCACAAAUACGUAAAUCGCAGUGAUGACGAUUGGGUAUAUUUUUAUAAGUCUGACGACUAUGAUAAUUGUCAAUGACAUUGUCUAACCCCGUCUGCGUGUUUCUUUGAUCUGUUGUUUACGUGUCAGUACUUAUAACUUUAUUAUUACAAUAUUAAUAUUACAUACUAUUAAUUAAUAUUUCAAUUUUAGUUGAUUUGAUAAACUUACACCAUACUUUUUUUAAAUGGAAAAUAGGUAUUUAGCCCAGUAACUAACUCAUGAAAACCUUUAAUAUCACUUAAUAUAUAUAUUAUAUUUCCAAAGCAAAUUAGUUAUUGAUAAUUUUUAAUUAGUAAUAAAAGAAAAUUAUUUUUGACUUCAUUAGGUAUUCAUAAAAACAAAAAAGGUACGUUUAAAGGAACGAGGGACGGGAACAAAAUCCUUUUUAAAAAACAAAAAAUUUCCUAGCACUGUCUAUUAUUAUAUUACGGUCAAUGGAGGAAACGCAUUUUACUAGAACUUUAAUUUUUCACGAUUAAUGUUUCUUCAAAACAUAUUAGUUGGUGAGAAAAAAUAUUUUAACAAUACUAUAUUUAUUUUAUCAGCAAAUAUUUUAUCGGAACGUAUUUUCAAUACCAUUCUGUUGUUAAUUAUUUUAAAAUUUCUAAACUGAUCCACUCAAGAACUUACGCGGGGGGGUGUUGUGAAUGUUCAAACACCCUCCCACGUCCCCCCGAAGUGUUUGAUUUUUUUUUGUACAGUUAUUCCAUUUUAAUGUUAUUUUAUGCUUAAAUGGACAAAUAUGUAUAAUAUCACAUUAGGUUUGUGUGAUACAUAGGCAAAUCUGAUGUCAGGCGAAUGUGACUACAGAGAGUCAAAUUGAAUUAAUUUGCACUCAUAUGUACGUUUUAAAUUAUUUAUAUACGAUUUAUUUUAUAUUUCCUUACUUAUUGAAUAUACCAUUUUUAUUAUUUAUUGGAAUACUGAAUAUGUUAUAUAUUUAUUGUAAUAUAAUUAAAAGCUAUAAGUACCUAUAUAAUAAUUUUAAUGUAAAUAAUUUAUAUUCGUAGUGGUUUUUAUUAAUCAAUAAUCGAAGAUAUUAAUUUUCACAGCCGUUAGAAAACUAAUUGUAUAAACGAAAACUUGUAUGUAUGUAGGCAUAUAGAUAAGAACCAAUAAACAUAAUAUAAAAUACUAUGUCAUUCCCAACUUUCAACCUAUAACAAUAGCCUACCCAUAUCGCGAAACAUGGAAACAAGAUAUUUUCAUGAGUUUUACAUCUAUCCUGUGAGUUCGAGCGCUAUUUCAUCGGACAUCAUUAAAUUUAUAAGUUUCAAAAAUGGCCACACAAAACAGUAGCCUACCCAUGGUAUCACCUAUAUCAAACUUGUGUUUCCAUAAGACUUUAACCUGCUCCGCGUGGUUAAGAUCACAAUUUCAUCGGCAAGUACCUUAUUAUCAUUUAGGUGCUGGCGAACAGAAACACAGGCUAACUGCAUGAGAGAUUGCAAUAAAUACCCAAGGCACUAAGUAAUUAACGCGGUUUACCGUUUUUAAAUACAAUACAUAACAUUAAUUUAGUUUAGAUUAUUAUUGCUAAAAAUAGAAAUUUAAAGUUCUUAUAAAUGAGUACAAUAAAAUACUUGUAUUACGAAUAAAAAAUAUUCGGUAUCCCAAUAGGUAAAUAAUAAAAAUGGCAUAAUCAAUAAGUAGGAAAAUAUAAAAUAAAUUGGAUAUAAAUAACUUAAAACGUACAUAUAAAUAAAAAUUAAUUCAAUCGCCUGACGUUAGAUUAUACCGGCCUGUUAUACCGGCUAAAGCAGAAUGUAUAAUAUUUAACACUAAUAACAGUUGAUAAAUAAUAGUUUUAAUUUAUAAAAAUAUCCCUCAACAUUUUUUUUAUGCGUACGUCUUCAGGGGCGGUUCCUGGGUCCACUAUUAAUAUUACAUACAUUGUACCUACCCGUGAUGAACGCAUUGAUGGAUAGUGGACUCAUCGUUGUCGCAUUCGUCGUCACAGCAUUAGCCCGGUGAUACCGAUUACUCGAUGAAAAGUCGCACUCGUCCAAAGUACGCGUAUUUACACGUUGGAACGUGUAAAAUAUGUAUCUGCCAAUAGGUACGUCCGGCGCUAUAUCGAAAGGUCGGCGGUGAAGUGACGUGCGAGCCAAGGUGAAAUAAUAGCGGCGCGGAAAGGGGUCGGUAAGCGGAAAGAAAAAUUGUGCGGUCCCGUCAAUCGUUCGGUCACGGUAAUAACCGCGCGCCGGUCCCGAUGUUUUGCGGCGGGCCGUUGGCACCACUGAGUCGAUCACCCCGCUCUUGCACAGCCGACCGGCCCGCGGACGGAGGUACUCCACGCUCGACGACGACCGUGUGAGCCUGUGCGCGCCGCCGUCGCCCCCGCCACUCUUCGUCACCGCCGUCGCACACGGGCGCGCCAGUCGGCAGUGUUUACGUGCGUGCGUACUGCCGCGCCGUCAGUUCACUUCCGAUCGGAAUGCAGUGUAUCGGCCGUCCGUGUUCCGUGCGUUACGUGUGUUGCGUAUUCGUCGUUCGCGUUGUCGUUUUCGUCGUUUUGUUAUCAUUUUUUAGCGACUGGUUUCGGUAAUAAUUUACGAGAAAUAUUGUCGUUCACGUGCGUCGCCGGCCGUCACCACUGGAUUCUCAUCGUUGCCGCCGUGCCGAGACCCGCACAGUAAGUAAAUCGGUUAAUAUUUAAUUUUUUACAACCGCAGUUUGUAAUCGGUACGAAAUAUUUCAAACGCAGAGCUAAAUCUGUCGUCCGAGGUGACCGCGACGAGAAAUGUGCACGGGAGGCCGGUCGAUCGGGCUCGGAUUUACGAUAUUAUAAUACCGCGAAAAUCUCGGACAGUGGUCGAGUGCUGCGACGUGGGGUUGGUUGAGGGUCGCCGGUGUUUUAAGUACACACCGAGGCGAAUGAAUGAUCGCCCGCACGCACGCACGUGUUCAAGGCAAAAAAAUAAAAAAAACGUACGUUAUUAUAAUAGUCACCGACUGUUGUCGUCGAUGCCACCGUUGUAAUAAUCUUAUUGUCGGCCGAGUAAAAGUGCCUACUACUCUCCCCGCCCAGAGACCGCGUAGGAAUCCGUUUCCCUGAGGCCGUUCGAAAGUAGGCGCGAAAUCGUUUCGUCUAUCGACAUCCGCAUCCCCCCGCCGUGGACGUCCGAAUGAAAAAUGUCCCCGUUGUCGGGUUUCCGCUACAGGUUUUAAAAAUCGUCGCCGUCGAGCCCCGCAGGAUACAGCGAAAAUAUUAAUAACAAAUCGGACGUAAAUUGCGUGGGUAAAUCCCGGCGAUUUGAAAUCUGGAUUCGGCGUUACUUAUAGAGAUGUUAUAUUUGUUUGUUUUUUUUUUCCGCUGUCGCGAACGAUUUGUCGACCUUGCAGACGACCCGUUUCGAACCCGUAAACUCACUGCUUGAAAUUUAUCGGAGAUUUCUAGUCUGAGCAAAUGGUCGGGUUUUUUUUUUUUUUUAAAUUCCACAUGUUCUUCCCCAAAUAGCGGGAGAAAAUUAAUGAUUACAAAUCUGGACGGCGCACUGGGUUUUUACCGGUCCAAAAGCAAUAGUAAUUAAAGUAGUCUGAGCCCGUAAACAGGAAAUCAAAAUUUUUCAGUACCAGCCGCGUUUCGAUACGAUUUACCGGCGAAUAUCGACAGGCCUGACGAACGGCACACGAAUAGGAUUUGAAUUGAAACUGAUUUUUUUUUUCUCUUUUAACCGUUUCUAUUUAUCGAUGGAUGGAUGAAUGUGUAGAUUAUAAAACAUUUAUUUUUAACGCGGUGAAAUACUUUGGAACCAAUAUAAACUGACUACAAAGACGUAAUAUAUUUUCGACGUUAUUAGUUCUUAAGAGGCCUGUUGCCGUUUUUCCAAUGUCCUCCUAUUAUGUAAAAUUUGAAAAUUAUUUUUGAUAUUUAAACGACCGCCUAAAUAUAUGACUGCCACUUAUCUACUGCCCGAUAACCUGCCGCACAUUUUAAAAUUAUUGUACAGGCACAGGCCGCAGACAUUUUUUCCGCCUAUUUAAUUAGGUAACUUAACUAAUGGUUACUAGCAAAAACAAAAACAUUAAUUAGUUAUAAGAAUUUUUUCAUUGUGCGGGAAGGGGUUUCCAACAUUUGUCGAAUUUUAUCAAGACUUGCCAAUAUUUUGUCAUUACUAAUAAUUCUUGACAUGAUGCAGUAAGUAAAAUAUUAUAACUUACACGAAAUACGUGGUAAACAAUAAAACAAUCGCAGGUAGCAUAGAAUAGAAACGUACCUACGAAAGCGGAAUAACGGAAAAACAAAUUGCACGUUAUCGUGAGGUUAGCAAUAUUGAUAUCAACAUUUUUGGGUCCCCUCAAUAAAAGGAAUUAUUAAAAUGCAUGUAAAGACGUAAAGUCGUUGGAAUGAUCCAUCGUAUGUGUUUUUUUUUUUUUUAUGCAUAAUUUGAUUCAUCUAUAGAAAUAUGUACUAAAAAUUAGUUGUUAUAAUUUCUUUUUUUUUUCUAUCAGAUGAUCGGGUUUUAUUUUAAACUAGUGGUGAACGAAAAUAUGCCUAAAUUAUUAUAAGGGUACGACCGUUUUUACACACGAAAAUGAAUCACGGAAAUAGGAAUUUUAUGUUUUAUAAACUGACAAAUAGUAAUAUUUAAUAGACCGCAUUGAAUUUUAAUUUUUUAUUUGAUUUCAAAUUAUAGUUUAAAAAAUUUAAAAGUUUACCAUUUUUUUUAAAAGACGUAUAAAGUUUUAGAGAAAAUAUUAAAAUUCUGAGUUCAACGCAUCUGCAGGAAUAAAGAGUUGAUACUGAGUAUGGGUUCCGUCAUUGUUGUAGGCGAGAAGUUGGGAAAAUGAGAUACAUAAAGUUAUUUAAUUUAUGUUUGUAACUAACGAUAUACUAUUGCUAAUGAAAAAUGAUUCGGAGCGAAGUUCGGUUAUGCACCUGGUUAGACACGUUUUGAAAGGUCAUAAUAUUAACGAUAUUCGUCAAAAUUUUAUAUUAAAAUUCGUAUAAAAAAAAAAAAACUACAUUAAACUCAACUUUUUCUUGUUGACUACUAAGUGUAGCUUAUAAUAAACCUUCUAUUAAAUUUUGAACAUUCUUGUUUGGUCUAACAAUUGUAUCCGCAGAAUACCUACCGAAUAAAAAUUAGGUACAUAAAAACUCGUAAAAUUAAAAUGUUUUGAAAAUUUAACCACGUUUAGAAAAAGGAAAUAAAAGGUCUCCGUCGACAUUUGAAGUUUGGAAGAACAUUUUUAUAUAAAUUACAUUAAAAAUCAAAAUUUGAAAUAAUAAAAGAAUUAUUUUCGUAAAUUUUCCCGUUUUUUCUACGUAUAUUUCAAUUUUCCUUAUAAAAAAAAAUUAUAUAGGAAAUCAAACAACAGCAACAAUAGUUUGCAAAAAUUAAAAUAAUUAACGGGGUACGUCACGUUGCCGUACAUAUUUGCCGUUCGGCGUAAAAUUUUCUUUCGGGUUUUUGCAAAUUAUUUUGAAAACCCCUUAGAAAAUUAAAAAGUGACCUCCCUAUGUAUCAAAUAGAGAAAAUUACAUUUCAGAAAUGGUACUAGACUAUACAUUUUAGUAAGACUUUUUUCCCGAAAAACAUGUUUGUGAGGCAAAAACAAAAUGCGCUGGGCCUGGGCUGCUUAAGAUAUUCAUGUUGUCUUGUAACAAUGUAAGCUCCAACGGGUCUCCGUAGAUUGUGAUGUGAGAAAUACGAAGUAAACUCUGGUCUAAUUAUAAUUCUGGUAGGUGUCCACCUGAUAAAAACAAAAUAUAUAUGUACUUAAUACAUUUUUCCUCGUCUACAUCCUAAAUAUUAAUUAAAUAUUAUUAUUAUUAUUAGGUAUGCAUUCUUAAAAAAUAACUGCGACAUUAUGAUAACUUUUAUAGAAUUACAUUUUUACGUCUAAUUGGAUAUAUUUUGGGCUUUUUUUUUGCCGUAUCGUAGUUAAAUUGAUCGGAUUUAGAAUAUAAUAACGUUUGUAGGAAAGCACAAAAUUCUGUAUAGCUGUAUGCCAUUUUUUCUUAUUUAUGCGUCCCCUGCAGUAUCUCGAGUUUAAAGCUGAUCCAUUGAGUAAAGUAAUUUUUAGAGUAAUUUCCUACUUAAGAUCCACAAAUAAAUUGGGAGACUAAGGCUUUCCUCGGGGAAGAAAUGAGAUACUAUAAGUUCCACUUCGGUUCACGGUUCGAACAGAUCGAAGUAUAGUUUAUAGUGAGAUUAUCAGAUCCAACGGGGUACUUAUGCUUAUGCUCCUUUUUUUUUUUUAUCGCGUAUGCUUGUUUUAGAUUCUAACGUUUGGGAAAUUAGAAGUUUUUUCCCUUCUUCCUCGUUGAUCUGAUUUAACUAAAUAAUCUUAGACAUUAUAAUUGGAUUUGUGUUGUACAGGAAAUCAAAUAACGGUGUUUACAGAGGAUUUUUCUUUGCAUAGGUAAUAAAUAUGUAAAAUGUAUGCAAACAGGAAAAUGCGUAGCUUUCAUGUUUUAACGGACCCUGAGUUUUACAAAACCUUGGUAAAAUUCUGGUUUUUUAAAACGACUUUUCAAAAUUUUAACGAUUAGAAAAAUAUUAAUGUAUGUGAUUAUUUAUAGUGUUUCUAUGACGAAUAAAUUAAUAUUGUAAUUUUUGAUUUAUUACUAAUUUGUUUUAUAAAAAAAACAAAAAUUAAAAAACUUUACCUACAUUCUUUCAGACGUUCUAUAACCUUUGACAUGUAUAUAGUUACCUAUUUUAUAUAAAUAUGCGUGAUAGCAGGACGCAGAUCGAAUAUAGAACAUAGAAGGUAUACGUUUUUAGAAUAUCUACCUAAGUAUAUAUCCUUAUAAAAUUGUUGAGAAAAUCUCCAUACAAAACAAGGAAAAAUAUACUUUUGAUUAAAAUCUGAAUGAUAUAAUUUUAUUUUAAACAUUUUAUUGAAUUGAAUUACGAUUAAAAAAAAAAAAAUAAUAAUAAUAAUUUUUGAGACUCACCUAAUUUUAUAUCAUUUUAAAACUAUAGGUAUGUGUCAUUUUUAAAGUCGUGUUCAAUUUCUCGCUUUUUAGGAAGAUUGGAUGGUGCAAGGAACGAGAAACAACGCAGUAAAAAUUUACAAAACCGUGUUUAUUUUAAUAAUAUAAUAACAUGCACAACAAUAUAAAUAGAGAUCGUUUUUGUCUUGUUCCAAAUUCUAUCGUAGAGUUUCUGUAACACGUCCGUUUGUCAAAAAUCGCCACUAAAAAAUAAUAUUUUAAUUUUACUAUUUUUAAGACGCUAAAAAAGUUGUAAAGUAUAUUUUUCUUGGAAUUUAGAAUUUAAAUCUUACGGUUUGUAAGUAUGUACGUACUUAUUUAACAUGUUUUAGUUUAUUUAUUUGUUCAACAUAAAAUAACGUUUUAAUCACGAAUAAUAUUAGGUAUCGUAAUAAUACUUACGUUCUAUAUAUCCUUUCUUAAAUGUAAUUUUAAAUUAAUUAAUUAUAUUAAACUCAAAAUUAAAUCUGAUAGGUAGGUAUUAAGCUUUUUAAAAUUAAAAUUUUUUAACGCGUAGAGAUAGCAUAUCUAUAAUAGUUUAAUGUUUUCCCUUUAAAAUAUUAAUAAUUAGGUAUUACAAAUGCUAUAAUAACUCGUUAACGUAUAAUUUAUUUAAAUGAGCUGUAAAUGAUCGGCUUAUAUAAUAUACCUAGCAAAUACUUAAUAAAAAUCCAUUUGUUUUUUUUUUUGGAAAAUAAUUUUCUCUUUAAAUAUUAAUUAUUAAAAUCACUAUAAUAACCAAUUUUUACUUGAUUUUAAGAGCCUGUAAAUUAUCUGCUUAUAAUACAUAACCUAUUAGCACUCAAUAAAAAUCUGAAUGUUGUUUAUGUUGGAAAAUUAUUCAGAAAGGGGAGAGAAAAUGCUAUUAAACGUUUCUAAAUUUGGUAAAAAAAAUAUUAUCGGCUAGGUACUUAAUAUGUAUUGCAUAAUAUAGGUACAUAAUUAAAAUUAAUUGUAUUCAUUUUUUUUAAAUUUUAGCAAUUAAUAUUUCUAUUAGUUUUGUAGAUAUGACUUAUAGAAACUAGAUGGGAUUAAAUCAUCGAGAAAUACUAUCCAUAUCUAUUAUGUAUCUAUUUGAAUGUAUUUUUUUUAUAGACUCGGUGUUUUAUUUCAGUUUAAAAAAUUCUAAUAAUGUUGUUCUCGUGACAGUUCUCGUCAUUGUCAUAUUAUUAUUAUCGAUUAUUAUUUGCAGAUAUUAUAAUAUUAUCGUAUAAGGGAAAAAUUAUAAUUAUUUAGAAAAUUUAUUUUUAGAUUCGUCGAAUAGUAAUUGUGCGUGACGUUAUUAUUAUUCAGAUAUUUGCAGGACUAUGUCCUGAUUUUGAUUCAUAGGUACUAAGUGUGUUGGUGAAUUCUGCAGAGAGAUAAACCGUUAUGGAAUUAAUAGGUAGUCAGUGCAGUGGUAUUUGUUAUCACAUGUCUUUCUAACAGAUAAUAAUUGCCUUAAAAACGCAAAACCUUAUUAGCCUUGUUUUUUAUAAAAGAAAUAAUAGACCUAAAAAAUUAGUGUUUGAGAUAAAAUAUUUCUUGAAGAAUAAUAUUAUAAUACUGGAUAAAUAAGGUUAUGUCAAUUUUGUAUCGUUUUAAACAUAAUCAAAUUAAACUUUAAAAAUUUCUAAACGACCUAAGGAUAUAAUUGCUAAAUAACUUAAUAUUCAAAAUAUUUUCAAAAUUCCAUAGAUUUACGGAGUAUUUGUUCAAAUGAAUUUUAGUUUUGAAAUUUUUGAUUUUCGUCGACCCGUUGACGAGAUAAUCCACUUUUCAGUUAAGGCAGGAGAGUAAUUGAACACUAUGCAUUUGUGUUGUGGCAUGGCACGGCGCGCGGUGCUUGAUUAGUGCACAUUUGAAUUUCAAAAGUUGACCCCCCAAAUCUUCCCUAAAAGGGCAUCUAAAAAAUUCAAACCCACAUAUAAUUUUAAUUUACACUAUUUUAUAAAAAUGUUUCAUUAUACAUUAUUCUUUAUUUUGUGUAUUUAUAGGAGACAAUUACUGUAACAUAAAAUUCUGUACACUGUGUAAUAAGAUAUCUAUAAUAUUGUUGGCUGUUUGAAAUGUUCGAGCCUUUUAUUAAAGUUUUUUUUUGGAUAAAAUUGGUUUGGCCGAGUAAAAUGCUUCAAAAUUUAUCACUUGAUUCACCGUAAGUAUUAUUACUUAUCUAGUAGUAAAAAAAAAUGUAUAGCAUCGUUUUUCUUUAGUGAUAACGAUUUAUUGUAUUAUAUAACUAAGUGUAGUGUGUAUACUAUUAUACCUUCCCAACUUAUCACCUACAACAGUGGCACACUGCAGUAUUUGUUCUUUUUCCGUUAUUGUUGUUUUCUUCACUGUGAACAGAGAAAUAAUAAUAUUUACGUGUAGAUCAAAUAACCGACACGCCGCAGUAAAUAUAGGUGCAGUUACUCGUGUGAUAUAAAUUAUGUAUCUACAGGAUAGUUUUGUAACGAAGGAAGAGCAACGUAGGUAAACUUGCGCGUCUAUAUUUAUAUCAGUUCGACAAAUUGUGUGUGGGUUAGGUAUAAUAUGAUAUUCUAUAAUAUAAUUUAUUUCAUAUGGAAACUGAGAUUUCAGAAGCUAUACUCUCGUAUGUUGCGUGCGCUAUCGUCCAAACGAGUGGACAUGGUGCAACAAAACCUCGAACAAAACGGAAUUUCUGGUUUAAAGGUUUUGAUCCGAACCGAUGCACCGCAACAUAUUAUUAUACUAGGGCUUCCUAUUAUCCGGCUCCCUAUUUUACGUCUAUACGAUUUCACGUAUUCACGAGAAAUUAAUAUUUAAAUUUAUAAAAUCGUGUACUUAAAAAACCGUGUAUACGUGUGAUUAUUCACGUGCACCUACACGUAUAUUCACGUUAUUUUCCGCGUAUUUUCUCUGCGUAUUCACCUAAAUGACACUAAAACACGUUGUGAAAUCGGAUAAUAAAUUCACGUAGGUAUUAAGUAUACGUCAGCAGAAAUUUUUAAUUCAAGUUAUCAAUCGAGACCUCUAGUAUACUAUAUACUAUUUAUAUUAUUAUUAUGUGUAUCUACUCUGGAAGUAUAAAACCCGUCGCGAAGCACCACAUCAUUCGGAUACUCCGAGAGUAAAAUUUCAACUUUGUGUUCGUCGUUUACCGCGUUUAUAGACAUUUUUAGGUCACAUUAAUUCCGUUGUACGAAUUUCAUACGACUUAUAUAGACAUUUUUCUUAUACAAUUAGAUAGGUAGUCUAAAAGUAAGUAUGCCUGAAAUCAGAAUAUUAUCUCUAGGAUUUUUUUUUUUAUGCUCUAGGAAAACAAGUCAUCAUUAUUAUAUUAUUACAUUCCAAGAAUAUAAUUAGAUUUGUGUAACAAAUACUCGAAAAGUGUAAGGUGGAUUUUUUUUUUUUCAUUUGUUACCGUUUUUAAUUUUUAAAUUAUUUAUACGUGGUCAAAAGGCUAUUUUUAGAGCAUUUUAAAUCCGGAAAUCGAUUAUUAUACAGGUAUAAUAACGACGACUGAAAGCCGAAAUAUUGUAUUGAUCCACAGUAUGUACCUAUAUAUAGUAGCUAUUUAAAAUCCAUAUGAUUUCCUCGUUUUAAAAAUAUAUAUUUUAGGUUAUUGCAGGAUUUUAAUAAUUUAAUGGCAGUUCUGAGUCCAUCGACAUUGGCUAUGUUUGUGUUUUGAUAUUCAGUUUCUAUCCGUGUAUGCGAAUAAAAUCAAUAUUAUGUCUCGGGCAUGGUUUCUGGAUGUUCUAUUCGAAUGUUGCGUUUUUAAUUUAUCGCUAAUAAAAAUAUAUUUCAAAUUUCAAUCACUUAAGACAGUAUUAGGUACCUACCAAAAAAAAUAAAUAAUUUGUUUAUUACGGUUUUUCAGAACAAGAGUGUUAGUAAUAACUGAUAUAAAAAUGAAAAAAAAAAAAAAAAAAAAAAAAAAAAAAAACGCGAGGAAAUAUCAGUUUUAUCAGAGAAAGUGAUCAAAUCGUAUAUGUACAAAAAAUACGUAAUAUAGUGCAGGUAUACCGGUGUACUCGUUUAUUAUAUUAUUGUAAUUAGGUAUAAUUAUGGUUAUAAUAUAUCGACUUCAUUCGAUGUCAAAGAAUUAGCACAACAAUAUUAUAUAUUAUUCGUUAUAAGCUGAAUAAUUAUAUAUGAUUAAAAUGCACGGUUUUAGCAUUUGUUGCAAAUGCAGUAUAUUAUAUUGUACAAUAAUUUAUAACACAUACUUCAUAAUGACUGCAACAUUUAUACAUCGAUGUAAUAACAGAUAUAUUUUAAAUCAUAUUACAUCCUAUAAUAUACGUAUGCGAUACAAUAAUAUUAUGUUUGAUUAAGGCUGGUCAUUAUAAAUAUGUGCAAUAAUUUGUAUAGUAUUUUUCCCUGUCUUAAUAUUGGUAAUAUUUCAUUUUAGAUUCCGAGCGUAGCGAGGGAGCUAUUGGUUUUACUAAGAUGUUUAUUUUCUUUUUUUUUCUAGUCUGUGGACUCAUUUUUUCGUAGUAAAUUCGCUCUUUACCGACCCCAACUUUUCUGAGAGCUCAUUCUUUGAUUUUCAGCGCCAUUUUUUAAAUAAAAUCACUUAAGUGGGAAAAAACGUAGGAAAACGUAUAAUUUCACGAUUUCAUUAUUUUAUAAAAACACGGACCACGUUUUUUACCAGAAAAAAGAUGAUUUAAUCGAAAAAUCGUAAGAUACCUUUUUUGUUGCCUUUUUGAUUUACUUUCUGACGGUAUUAUCGUCAAAAUUGUUGAGCCACUUUUGAGUUUCUAAGGAAUUUUAAUUUUCAGGAGAUUUUUGCUGUAAUUCGGUUAUAAAUACACGUAGAGACUUUUAAAACUACUAAUAAUACUUAUAUUGCUCUUAUCUAGACGUAGUAAAAUUUUCUUUAUCAUCGGACGACUUUUUUCCUUUUUUAAAUUUGUUUACAAUGGUACUUAAUUUUUUUUAAAUACAUAGGUCAUUUUUUGUUUUCGAAACGGUAUUUUAAAUAAAAACGAUUAACCGGGAAAAAUAUACACUUUUUUCACGAUUUCGUUAUUUUAAAUAAGUACCUAUCACGUUUUCCAAACACAAAUAUGGGUCAAAUUGAAAAACGAAAAGAGACCAUAUUUUUGUUAAAUUUUUUUUUUUGAUAAGCGUUUUGAAAUCAAAAUUUAAACGAAAAUCGUAAAAUAAAUUACGGCGCUUCAAAUUAUGUGUUGCCGAACUGCGCUCGGAAUUGUCUUCCGUCAACAACGGUUUAUCGUUGCUUACAGAUAAAAAAUGAAAUAACCUUAUGUAUCCUACCUUCCUAACUUCUCACCUACGACAGUGAACGCUCUCAUUCCCAGUAUCAGCUCUUUUUUAACAUUGCAAUACCUAUGUUUUACACUCCCCUGAAUACCCAUCAAACAUUAAUAUUCGUAUUUUGUAUACAUUUAGUAUAUGUAUACGAGUUCAAUACCUUGUUUUACGUGUGCCCGUCGUUUUAUAUUACAUAUGAUUCACUUGAUAUUUUAUCAAAACGAUGGAAUGUGUGAUUAAUAUUUUUCUAUACCCGAUAAAACACGAAAAUAAAAUUAUGUUGCAUAAUUCGGGCAUAAAAUGCAUACACAAAAUUAUUACAUUAUGUUAAAUUUUUUUUUCCAAGUAUAAUAAUUUAUAAUGAUUCUCAUAAAUAUGUGUUAGUAAAAUGUUGUAAAAACCAGUAGUUAUUCUGUCGCCGUCGAUUUGACAGUACCAGAGAUACGUAUUGACUGGUUUAGUUGAACAUCGAUCUUGUUACAAUGUGAACUAUUUAACCAUACUGUAGAAAUAAUAUAUUUUGCAGCAAAGAGUUUAGGCCGAUUUACUCAAUGUGGGCAUUGCUGUCUACUAGGUUGAGUCAGCUAAUUUUUAAAUGAUGCUGUUUCGUGUUUUGAGUUUAGCUACAGUGUUCUUGAUGUGCUGUUUAAAAGUUAACUGUCUACCAAGCGUCACUUCUAUAAGUAUUUCGGAGUCGGACCGUACUUAAGUCUUUUCCCACAAAAAUUGAAUUUGGGGUUUUUAUUUUGCCAGUCGAAUAUUUAAGUGGAAUGUUGUUACUACAGUUUUAUCUGUGUUAGGUAUGAGCUGCAACUUAUAUAAAUACUCUGAUGUUAGAUGUCUAGAUCAUUUUCAGUAUUUAAUCAGUGACUUCAAAUUUGUUGUGUUGAGUGGUGAGAGUGAUAUCAUCAGCAUAGAUAAACUUACGGGAAAAUGUGGUUGGCACUGUGCAUAAUAUAAUAUGAAAUUGAGUGUAACAAAACAACUUAACGUCAGACAGUCGGUUGCCACAUGGUAGUUUUAUAUAUACCCAUUAUUGCUGCGUUCCCUGUGAUGGAAAGUUGGGAAUAGGGUUAUAUAGUUUAUGUAUAUGGUGCACAAUUAUAAAAUACUGUAAACAAAAAACCAUUAGGAAAAACAUGUUUUGAUUAAAAUAAAUUGAAAAUAUUGUAUUUAUUUGUUAGUGUAACUAAACAAAAAUUUCAAUUAUUUGUGUUUUUGACGAAUUUGUUCAUAAAUUUGAACUCAAAACGCUUAUAAAGUAAAUUUCUUUUUUUCUUUUUUAUCAAGUAUAAUUUAUUAUAAUUUAUGACGUACCAGGUAUCGAAUUAGCAUUACAUUAACAAAAAUAAAAACUAAUAAAACCAGAUAUUUUCAAAUAGGAAUAAUAAUAAUAAUCGAAAAAUGCGAGAAUAUUUGAAAAAUUGUAACACGACUAAAAAGUGUUCGGUGAAAACGUCUAUAAUGCUAUUUCUAAUUACUAAAUUUCAAAAAAAAAAAAUUGUAAUUGCGUAAAUAUUCCCGAUUUUGUUCAGGCGGUUUAUCCCCAUUAUCAUUAUAACUAUAAUGAAAAUGAUCUAUCCCAUGAAAUAGAAACAAUUACUCCAUCAGAAAUGACCAAUGAUAAUGAUGAUUGGAAGAAGACUUUUAGUUAAGUUAUUCGCAGACAGAAAAAAAAUACGUUUAUUAUUAUUAUAAUACACGUUAUUCAUUUUUUCAUAUCAAAAGGUAUUUCGUUUUUACACAUCAAAAGAUUUAGUUUUACACUACAACACCCAAGUGUAAUAUCAUAAUAAUAUGUUUAUUUUGGUAGAAACAAUAAAAGUCGACACUCUUCGUUGAUGAGACUAUUUUUAAACGUAUAUAAACAAUAAUGAAUAAACAUACUGAAGUUUUUAUAUACAACAUGACUCUUUUAGGUCUUUGCAUGUCGUGUACAUUACUAAUAUUUACGUAUUUGUUAUUAUUUAUUACGGUUUUAUUAUAGUUUACCUCGUAGUUAACCCAUUAUGGUAUAAAUCGUUCCAUCCAAACAUAAAUCAAAUCACCUUAUAUAAUAUCAUCCCUUCCGACUACUCUUCUAAAAAAGUGGCUGCUACCGUUAAUAGAUGAUCAGCUGAAUCAGGCUUUUUAAUCAAUAGAUAUAUUUUGUAAUGGCCUAGAUUUUUACACGCUUUAUAUUAUAUAUGUAUAAACUUGAUAAUUCUCGUGCAUUUAAGAAAAUAUUUUCUAUUGUGAUAAGUUACAAAUUCGUAUAACCUUAUAAAAAAAAAAAAGUCUGCCCUAAGUGAUCCCAGUUUUUUUUUUUUAUCGUCUCAGUUUACCACAGCUUAUAAGUGCAGUAAGUAUCGAAUUUUUCGAUAUAAUUUAUCUUUUUUGCGAUAUUUAAUGUACUCGUGAUGUUUAUUUGGCGUGCUUACCUAAUGUUUUCUCGUCGGUUAAAUACAUCAUCAUCGUGUCCACAUCGACUAUCGUUACCGGAUUUUUUUUUUGAAAUUGGUUGUAGACACUGUUGGCACUCAGUCGGGCAUCGGUCCAAAUUAACUGCCUUCUUCUGCUUAUACCGACAAUCGUUCCUAACCGUACGUUCGACAUACCGAACAAUAUGACUUUAAUAUCUGCCUUCGAGGUGAGAUCAUAAAAGCGAUUUUUAACGUGAUUAUAGUUUAUUACAUUAAAAAAAUAAAUAAAUAUAUUAGAGGUAUCGAGGACAGUGUAUAAUUUGGAUUUGAGUGUGUUCGGAGAUAUGUACAUUUGUAUUCAUACAAUUUAUACGAGUACAUAAAUUGCGUUCUUUUUAUCGUUUGUGUAUAUUUUAUGUGUGAGAUACAGAAAUUAUUAAUACUACACAAAUUUAAAUUAAAAAUUAUUUUUUAUCAGACAAUCUUUCUUUUAUAUAUUUUUUGAAAACUAUUCAAUUUAUUCUUAAUAGGUAUUAUAGUGAAUGCUGAAUUUGAUUUAUGAAUUCGAGAUUGUGAUUUAAUACAAUGGUUUAAACAUAUCAAAGUAUGUUAUAUAAGUAUUAGAUUCUUUUAUAAUAUUAUGUGAUAAAGACGGUUUUGUAGUUCAUUGUCAAGCGUGAUACACAACAUGUUAUUGAACCAACCAAAGAUAAAUCGUAUUAUCGUCUAGAAUUUAUAGGUAGGCAUAUUAAAUUAUUAUUUCAAUUAAUUAAUAUUAUUUGAUUAAAUUAUUAUAAAACAAAAUUAAAUAGUGAUGUAUCAUUUAAAAUACAAAUUUGACAAUAUAUAUAUAUAUAUAUAUAAAAAGAUGAGAGCUUCAGUCAUUCUCACUAGAAUCACUAGAGUUGACAUUUUCCUCAGCUGACUUCUCGUUAUGUUUUUUUUUUUUUUAUAAUAGUGAGGAAUUGAAUUAAAAAAUGUUAUCAAAAUAGUUAUCAAAAGUUUUUGAGAUUCUUGCUACCAUACAAACAGAUGGUGGAGUUGUGGGUAAGAAAUUCAAUAGAGAAACAUCUUUCGCAAUAAUUUUAUACAUAUAUACAUAUAUAUAUAUACACACACACAUUUUAAUCAAGUUACUUACUUGCAUAAGUUUGUAAGGGCAUUUCCUGUGAGAACAUGAAAUUUGAGCAUACGAAUGAUUGGGGAGGGUUGAAAGUUGAAACCCUCAAAAUAAUUGAUAAUCUUCUUUCUGUUUUUCCAGAUUAUUUCGACCCAUCGUCGCUUCCAAUGUGGCUUUAUAUGCGUCUCUAUCUAAUGCUGAUCAUUUCCAUUUCUAAUUUCUAGGCGCUUCAGGUUUUCACUAAUUCUAUGACUCUUCUGCUGUCUUAGGUGUCUUGCUCUUAGUCCAUUUGAUUUCUAUUUUGUGACUUUGACACCUUGUUAACUAAUUCAUUUUCUGCCCUCCAAACAUCUCCAACCCAGCUUAUCCGUUUACUCUUUAGAACAUUCAUUUAACGGGUUCAUUGAAAAUUUUUUUUAGUUCUGCGUUGGUCCUUCAUUCGUAUUGACUAUUUUCAUUAUUCUUUCUUGAGUCAAAUAGCUUUGUUAUAGUAUUCUUCUUUUAAAUUUUAUCAGUCUUUUUUCGUCUUAUUUCGUUGAUGCUAACGCAUUAUAUGCAUAUAGUGGAAUAGGCCUGAUUGGAAACUUGUAAAAUCUGAAUUCUUGAUAGUAACUUUGACUUGAACUGUGGUAUCAGUGAGAAAUAUUUCUUGCUAUUAGUCUACGAUUGGUUCCCUUAUAGCUAUUUACCUAUUUAUUCACAUCUACUCCCAGGUAUUUAAAGUCAUGAACUUUUUCAAAAAUUAUGUAUCUUACUACAAUUAAAUUUUAGUGAUGCUGUGUUCCUAAUACCAUAAGUAUUAGUUUAUCUUGAUUAAUAUUGAGUCCAAUACUGCUCCUUUUUUCAUUAAUUUACUUGCUGUGUUUCUUAUUUGAUAUUCUAUUUUACCCAUUAUUAUUUUAUCAUAUGUGUAGGCUGCCAAUAUUGUGUUCUUGAUACGUACACCAUAUAUAAAAUAUAAAUAUAAUACAUAUAUAUAAAAUUGCACCCUCUGAAUAAAUUUGCGAAAUCUGAAGCCGUGUUAACUAAAAAAACACGCAUUCUUUCCAUAACAACAUGGUAAAGUUCAUAUUGAAAUUUAACCAACAUUUUAUCACUUCAACUAAUCCACCUACAAAAAAAACUCUUAUUUCCGUGUUUGAGUUCUUUUAGUCCUAAGGAAGUCGCUUAAAAAUCCAAAUGUAUGAAAAUAUAUUGGUAUUUAAGUAUAUAUAACUGACACAAUGCAUAUGUAAUACAGUUCUCUACUUUUGGGAAAAAUUCGACAAAAAAUACUGGAAAAAAUGUAAAGCCUGUCUAUAUUUUCGACAAUUCACUCUUCCUCCUUUUCUGUAUAUACAUAUAUACACAUAAUAUAAGCGACCUUUUGAAUCUCGUGUACAUCCCGUUGAUAGUAUUUGAAUAUUUACUAUGUAUAGGGAUGGAUUUUAAAUCAGACACGAACCUCUCCAUCACAUAUAUAAUACAUAUACGUAUUACGUAUUAUAGUAAAUCGGGAACAUCUAAUAUGUAUACUAUUGUGUAUACAGUAAGCCUUUAGGCGAGGAAAAUAAAUAAAAGACGAAAUGAAAACUCGUAAUUUUUUUCGCGUCAAUAUAUUAUAUUGCUCUAUCCGAAUGUAUCAAAUUUCCUGUAUUUUCUACACGUUACAAUAACGCUCUGUAUACUUAAUAUUACAGAUAUGUCGAUCACUUGUGUACUUACGUACAUGGCAUAGACGUUUCGAGUGUAGGUUAUAAUGUACUGUAGACACACUGUACAACAGUGUAGAAAUCGAUUAAGUAUACCGACACCGGUUAUUAAGUCGGCGCGCGGCUCACUGGCGUUAUGGUAUAAUAACGACCAAAACGCGGGGGUGUCAAAAAUUUGUUUAUAAUAUAAUGUCAGUAUUCGAAUAUUCAGUUAUUAUAUAUUUUAUAGAAAGACGAAAUUCUGGUUUGACGAUAACAACGUAGUGUUUAUUAUUAAAAAAAAAAAAAAUGCAUAUUACCUUGUCUGCUGUUUAUUCGCGGUGACACAAAAAAAUGAGUAAAUGUAGAAAUUUAUUUGUAAUAUUUGUCAACGAAAUACAUAUAAUAAUAAUUUACUUUUAUUACGUUUAUUUAGGAAAUAAAGACCAAACCAAUGCUGAAAUAAAAUUUUUAAUUUUUGAUAAAUAUAUGUGGAAUUAAGAAUAUAAUUUUUAAAAUGUUAAUAAAAUCACGAUUUUGUAGAUCAGCCAUUAGCCAUUAAAAUGAUUGAAAAAAAAACCAAAAUCAAAUUUACUCAAAAUCUUUCGGAUUUUGUUAAUUGUCACAAAAUUAUUAAGAUCAGACAUUAUACUAAUUACUGUUACUAAUCAUUCCCUUGCAAAAAAUGUAAAAUCAUAACAAUUUCUUACGUGAUUUUUUUUGAUUACGGGUAGGUUGCAUUUUGACCUACCCGACGUAAAAUUAAAUCCCUUUUUCCUUUUUUUUUUAUUUUCACCAGAUUUUGUUUAUAAACGAUUAAGGUUGUAGGUUUUUGCUUAUGGUUCUUUAUAACUUUUUUUAAUAAACAGUAUCGGGUUUUAAAUCGGCUGUAGCUAUUGCAGUUAAUUUCUUACACUAUUUACAGUGUUUCUUACUAUGCUAUAUUGUUCACAUAUGUGGUCAGAAAGAACCCUAAUUACCACUAAAGUUACAAUGGAUACCAAUUAUCAAAUCACGGUUAUUCCAUAAUGUCACUUAGAUCAUUGAUAUCUUCAAAGAAUGUUAACUGAAUUUUUAUAAUUCAUCAUUAUCAAAUAAGUGCUCGACAAUCCUAGUCUAACUGCUAUUAACAACUGUGGUAUCUAUAGCGUUCUCUUCCGUCAUACAGAGAUGUGUGUACAGGCGUUUAAUAGGGAUUGACCAUCUAUUUGUUUAUGAUCUAUAAGUACUACCUGAAAUAAUCACUCUGUAUAUAACUUCCUUACGUUUAGUUAGCGACGCGUGUCAGACGGUUAUUAACGAAUAAUAAUACAAGAAUGAACAUAUGCAUAUAUCGUAUAAAUACGGUAAUAAUAAUAAUUAUUAUUAUUGUACUAUUAUAAUAAUAAACCGUAGCGGUGACAGGAAAUUCGCCGAGGAGACGGACAGGCGCACGCGCCGUUUUGGAUGCGUCUCUUAAAUUAUUAUAUACAUCACGAGUACCAAAAUAAGUUGUUUUUUGCCAUCAUUUUUCGAUCGAUUAAAAACUCCAAUUUGAUUAUUAUUAUACUAAUAUUUGAACCUAACCUUACUUGUUGUAGUUCGUAUUAUUAAUCGAUCUAAUGGGUAAGAUUAUCGUUUAUUAUAAAUUGACCGCAUUAUAUUUAAACACGAAUGGUCUACUUUAUUAUAUUAUGUUCGGAGACACAAAGAGAUAAGCGUGGUAUGUAUUAUAAAUCGUCGCGCAAAGUCGUGUACUCUGAUUUUUUUUUCAUUAAAAUUCAGAUUUUAUUCUUUUUCGACGCAGACCUGUAAAUCGUUGUAGCAUUUGUUCGGGGCGGUGAACUGAGAAUUAUUCUGGAAAACAAUUACGACCAUCCGCGCGAAUUCAGUAGCUUUUUUUAAAUUUUCAUCGUUUCGAUAUAUAUAUAUAUAUAAUAGUAUAUAAUCGUUAUUAUAUAUAGAUAUUUUUUUUUUAUGUUUCGAAACUGUUGGUAUGUAGUAAACACACACAGAAGAAUAAUUUUCCUACUAAAUACUCUUAAAAUAGAAAUACUAUCAGAAAUUUUACAUAAAAAAAAAAUGUAUAUUUAGACAAUGUAUUACACUUUUGUGACACUGUUGUAGGUGGAAAGUUGGGAAGGUAGGAUACAUAAAGUUAUUUAAUUUAUAUUUGUAAGCAACGAUAAAACAUUGCUAACGACAACCGAUUUGGAGCGUAAUGUGGUUAUACAUAUUUUUAAAGUCCGUAAUAUUUAUGAUUUUCGUCAAAAUUUAUUUUUGAAACUCUUAUAAAAAAAAAAUUAUUACUCUUUUUUUUUACCACUAUAUCUACGACUUAUAAUAAAUUUCAAAUUUAACUAUUUUUAAGUAUUUAUGUUUGGUUAAAACAUUAUACCUAAUAAAUACAAAUUAUUUAAAAAACUCUUAAAAUUUAAAUGUCUAUACAUAGCUCAAAUGUUUUAAAAAUUGACCACGACUAAAAAAGAAAAUAUAAGUCUUCUGUUAAACAAUUAAGUUUCUACGAACAUUUUUAAUGGAAUUACAACAAAAAUACUAAAUUGUAAAUAAUAAUAUCAUUAUUUUCAUAAACUUUGUCAUUGUUUCUACGUUUUUUUUUCAGUCCUGCUCAAUUAUUAAAAAAACUACAGGAAAAAUAAAAAACCUAUUUACUUACUUCUCAACGAGAUCCAAAAUUCAACAAAAAAAAUCUUUAGGUAUCUUUUGAUUACAUAAAAAUCAAAUUUCUAGUAGAAAACAUAGUUAGCAAGAAUUAUAAAUAAUGAAAUCGGUAACGUCUUUACCCAAAAUUUUGUUUCCGGUUUUUUCAAUUAUUUUGAAAACCCCUCGGAAAAUCAAAACAUGACCCUAGUAAUAGACAUUUUUUUUUUGUGUCUAUGGACAGUUUUUCUCAUUGCUAUUAUUCACUAUUUCUUGUAAUCUUAUUUAUACAUUCGGAGUGUAUUAGCUAGGAAUGUAUUUUAGUUUUACAAUGAUGUUUAAUUUUUUUAAAUUUUAUUAUCUGUGAAUAAUUAUUUUACCAAAAAUAUUUCUCUGAUUUCAAAUUGUAGUACUUUUUCUGAAAGGAAAUUUUUUUUUUAUCUGGGUGGUAUUUCAGUUUUCAUAAUAAUUGGGAAAAACGGGAAAAUUGUACGUAAACUUAUAAAAGAAACUUCUCUCCAGAUCGUUUUUCGUUAGCAUUGGUUUAUCGUUGCAUACAGAUUAAAUUAAAUUUUUCUCUAUAUCCUACCUUUCCAACUUAUCACCUACAACAAUGGUCCAUCUAUCGUGUGAAAUAUAUCUAUCUUUUUAUUUUUUUUUAUCUUGUUUUUGCAUUGAGGUCAUUUUUUAUUGCUGUUUUCUUAAUAAAUGAAAAAGUUCUACAAAAACUUUUUUUUAAAAUAAUUAAAUAAAUAAUAGAUAGUUUAUUUCUUAUGAUCAAUAUUCUAGAUUGUGAUCAAAACCCUUUUCAAAAACCUUUUUUAUUUUGUUUUCAACCUGUGGUAGCCAAAAAUUAUAAUUAUUUAUUUGGUGAUACAGACAAAAAAUAAAUAAAUAUGUAUAAUUCUUAAUUUGUUUGACAAAAAAAACAAUAAAAAAACACCGUUUUUCUUACUCAUUUAUAUUUUAAUUGUGUGGGGUUAGUUUUUAAUAUUUACUCGACAAAUGAGGCACAUGGAUUUAAAUUUAUUUCCAGAUAAUUUAUAGUAUAGAUAGGUAGGCAAUCUUAUUUAUCAAUUGGUUUUUUUCUUUUUUAAACAUUCAUUCUGUAAAUACUCUAACGCUCUUAAAAAACUAAUAAAUAAUAUAUUCUAUACAAUUUUAUUUUAUUAUAUGUAGUAUGUCAAUGAUCAAAUGCAGAAAUCAUAAAUGCUGUUAAGAAACCUUUUAUUAGUGUAUUUAUAAUUGUUAGUUUUUAAUGUUAAUAAUAUAAUUUAUUAUAGAAUCGAACGCGAACCCGUUAAAUGUUUCAUCAUGCUUGAAAAAAUAUAAACAAAUUUAGUCCGAUAUAUUAUAUUUUAUAUAUUAGAAAAUAAAGGAAAUUUUUAGUUUUAAUUGAGCGUAUGAGCAUACGCUUAUAUAAUUAUUUUUGUAAUGGGGUUUUACAUAUUUGUAUUAAAUUUAGAUUUUUUAUGCUUUUCAUUUGGUAAAAUAAUUAAUUAAUGAGUCUUGCAGCUAUUUCGCAUCUGGACACUAAAUAUAGUAGGUAUAAUAGGUAUUAUAAUUAUGUGUAAGUAUUAAAAAGUUAAAAUCGAAAUAAAAAGGUCAUACUCUCACGGGUAGGUUACUGUUAUAGGAGAUGGGUAGUUUGGAAAGUAGGAUAUACAGGGAAAUUUAGUUUAUACACCGUAUGCAAUGGUAAAUAUCAUUGAACACGAAAAAAACGAUUCUGAGUGGAGUAGUAUAUUGGGCGUGUUUUUCUCCCUAUUGUCAAGUUAACCCCCGAAUCAACAAACAUCGAAAAGGAAUUUUCCGUUUUGCCUUUUAGUUUUUGCCGAUUCUAUUAUGAUAAUUACGAGGAAAAUUAAAAUAUGAUCUUCCCGAAUGCACAGACUAGAAAAACUUUGCUUUUAGAAAAGACUUUAUAUUCGAUGAUCGGAACCAAACUUCUGGUACAAAAGUCGUUGACAGACUGGCAAAGAAACACAGAUAUCACAUCUGUAAACCAGUAUGCAUUCCUCGAUGCGCUUAAAAUUUAAAAUGGAGUCGAUUUGAAAUUUCGGGGAGAGCUGAAGUCUCCAUUACCGCCCCGGCCCCGGUAUGACACGGUUGAUCGACUAUGUAAGCGGUAACCUAUAUUAUAUUAUUAUAUAAUAUGUUUAACCAGAGUUUAGCUCAACUGAAUUACCGUGGCGACUGCCGUCACCAUGAUUAUUCUUCGGUUGGUAAUUUUUACGGCUUAAAUAUUAUAACCAUUUCGUUUAUAUAGUACAGCUGUAAUAUACGUAUAUGCUAUGGAUGUGGCGGCGGCGGUCUUUGUAAUCGCAGACAAAAAAAAAAAACCUCAAAAGAUUAUUAUUAUAUUGCUCGGCCUACCUAUAUACGUAUCUAUCUACCCCACAGAACAGCCGGUUUUUUUCUGUUGUGUUUCGGUGUACGCGCAGGUGAUGUUAUCUUUUGAAAUCGUCGUCGUCGUCAUUGUGCGUUAUACUAUUUUUUUCUCUCUCUCUCCACCGGCUACUCUAAAACACGCACACGUUCGUAAAAUAUAAAAAUAAUAAUCUAUAAUAUAACACAUACCCGUGUGUGCUUGACAAAAACCCAGGGAGGAAGGCGUGACCGCCGCCACCGCCGCCGCCGCCGUCGCCGCUAUCGUUGGCGGGAGGAUCCCUGGAAUCCGGUCGCGAUUAUCGGAUACGUAGUAUUUCAUUAUUUAGACACGGUAUACACGCGUUUUCCGACCCCCUAUACCGAAUCGAAUACGGUUUUUUUUCCCAAUAGGUAAGUACGCCUAAUUACUGAUGUUUAUUGUAAAAUUAAAUAUUUCUCAUAUUUUAUUUUAUAGACAACGCAACGCUUGGAUGCGUUUAGUAACUAUGGCAUAAUAUUAUAGUAUAAUUUGUAGCGAAAUUAUAAUAUAUUAUACAAGUAGGUAUCGUUUAUCGAGAUUAUCCAAGUUUCGUUGUCGAAAACUCUGCAAGAGUGGAAUGGUAUAUACGUGCUUGCUCGAAACUACAAGACAUCCGACAUUCGAUUGUUAAUUGAUUUCAAACAUAUUGGUUUUUCUGUUUUUUUUUCUCUGUAUUUUCCAGUUCAAAACAAUCGUAGAAACUUAAAAUUUUCACCAAAUACUCAUAUAUUAGCCUUUUUUAGAUGUGGUACAAUUUUCAAAACAUUCUCUUCAAUUUUCGAGAUAUAAUUGCCAUUCGACAUUAUCGAGUACUUUUUGUUUUUAAUUAUUGUAUGUAUUUAUGUGGAUACAAUUUUUUCGGCUUCUCGAAAAUACUUGAAAAUUGGUUGCCAGGUUCAUUAAGUUGUUCUUAUGGUACUGUACAAAUAUGGAAAAUCUGUAAUCACCAUUUUUUUAAAAAUUUUAUAAGCGUUGUUUUAGUUUGAAUUUUGAUCAAAAUCGUAAAAAUCACAGCAUUUUGCGUUUCGAAUCAAUGUACCUACAAUACACCCACAAUAUACUGGCUUUUUUAUAAUUACCUAUUUUAUUUAUUUCAAAAUUCAUUUUGACACAUCGGAUACACAUAAAACUUUUAUAUAACAAAAUAUUGACAAUAAUUAACAUCUUAUUAAAAACCAGUGAGUUAUGUUAUUGAUUAUUUUAUUCAUACGGGAAAAUCCUAAAACAAUGAUAUAAAUACUAAUAAUAGUAACUAUGUAAGUGGUAAAAUUAUAAUUAAGUACAAAUGGACGGUACAAUUUUAAAAACGUAAUUGAUAUUUUCGUUAUUGACUACAGAUUACAUAAGACGGAAAAUAAAAAAGUAAAUUAGUAGAAAAGUAGGAUAAAAAAAUGAGGCCAAGAUGAAUAAGACAGGAAAACCCUGUCCCGGUAAAGUUUAUUGGAGAAUCUGAUUUGCCAGUAAGAAGAUUGGACAAGAAUAUGAGAUUAGCGAAAUGUCUGCGGUUAGCAAGGCUGGGAAAAUAAUAUUGUAAUGAGAAGAGCUAAUAUUGAGUCUGAUGGCAAAACGAUGGAGAAAGUUCCUCUAGACACGCUCAAUCAUUAUUCUACUACCGAAAGAGGAAGACUCCCAGGGAAUAAAACCAUUUCAAGGGACGAAUAAGAGAGCAUAAUAAGAAGAGUUUUAUGAGGAGAAAUAAGACGAAACUGGAGCUGAUUAUUAUUACGGUUAAUUAAUUCAUGCGCAUUUUAUUGUUGUGUAUUUCUUAUAUCAGUGAAUAUAUAUCUUCUAAUAAGAAGAUCAUUUUUAUCAAAUACUAUCUUUUCUUUUUCUGUCAAAGGUGACCAAUAUAUACGUGUAUAGUCACUGUAGAUUUAUUUAAGUUUUUUUUCGACGGGAAUUUCGCCUGUUACCUGUAUUGACUUGAAUGGUAAUAACGAACAAAUUUUGCGGUCCCGUGAAUUCUUGUAUAAUAAUUUAUAUCUAUUACAUUUAAUGUUAUUUCCUCUCCGGGACAUAUUCCAUUCGUACUUUUCGCGGGUUACUUAAAAAAAGGGACAGCGAUUUAUGUAGACCGGCAGUUUUAUUUCUCCGAGAAAAUAUUUGGUGUGUGUGUGUGUGUAUGUGGUAUACUUUAAAAAUACGGGUCGGAGAUAAAAAUAUAAAAUAAUACGUAAUAAAUUAUUACGAUUUUCGUUCGUGUACUGGAUCAGGUAUAGAGGUAACGGUAGCAAUAAGAUAGGACAAAAUGAAAACAAUUAAUAAUAUAGUUAAAAAUUAUAACGUUAUUCUCAUUGAUUUUUAUUAUUGUUAAUUGCUUCAAUUUUUAUUUUUUAUUUUCUUCGGAAAACGUAUUCAUAACACGUAUUGUACCAUAUACCCUUAUAAAGAUAUAUAAAGCAAGUAGCACCUAGAUAUUACCGACUCUCUAUAUAUAAAUGGGAAGCCUGUACAGCCGUAUAUAGCGUAGACUUAAUAUAAAUGGACUGCGCCCCUGUGGAUUUCUCAUUCGGAUUAUUCGCCUUUUGACUGGAAAUUAAAAACAAUGGAAAAAAAUUAAUAAUCUUUCUUUCCUCCAAGAUAAUAUUUCCUACUAUCAGUCAUAUCAGUAUUCUGAACGUUAGAUGUAUUGUGGAAAUUGUUAAAAAUUUGUAUUUGAACCGAUAGCUCUCAUGGAAAAUACAGUUAUUUACAUUUCCCCUCCGCGUAAUAUUUUACUAGUAAUGUGAGGGUGAAUGGCCCGAAUUAUGGCAUCAAUCAUUAAUACAUAUAGAUACAGGGAAUGGGCAGUCCGUUUCUAUAGUUUGUCUACAGACAUAAUAUAUUAUAUAUACACCAAAAGGUAAAUUUUGAUUUGCCUACGAAAUACUCGUAUAUUUGUUUAAGCCAAGAAUUAGUUAUGUGAUAAAAUAUGUCAUAUAGAUUAUACAAUUGGCUAACCUUAACCUAUAGGUAGUUAUUUUAUAUACAUAUCUAUAUGGAUACCGCCUAGCUUAUACUACUGUUAUACUACUAAUUAUACUACUGUUUAAUGUUUCGCAGCAUACGAAAAUGUCGCAACGACUGAAACAGCUAUAGCAGUCGAUUACUAUCUAUUCAAUUUUUUAAUUAUUACCUUUUAUUAUUAUUGUUUACCUGUGUAACGAUAAUAUUUAUUAUACACAUAUUAUAUAGUACACAUCGGUUUUGUUAAUGCAUUUUCUUUUUCAUUGAAUCAAUAUGUGCACACUAUCAAUUGUGUAAUUUACGAGUAUUAUGAAUCCUAUUGCAGUAGCUAUAAAUUAUAAUUACUGCGCUGACAACGCUUUUUGAAUAUUAUCGGUAACUCGUAUUAUCUUCACGAUUAGUGUUUAUAGUUUAACAAUUAUACUUAAAAAAUAAUUAUUAUGAUCGUUUGUUAUUUUUACGAUCCAACGAAAUGUCUGGUGUAAUAAUUAUUUACUAUAAAUCCUUUUCCAUCCGAGUACAUUUUAAUUAAUAAUAAUAGUAUUAUUAUGUUAGAGUUUAUCGUCACUUGACAACAUCCUCAUAUAAUUAUACAGCGCGUUUCAUCCGAAUAGCAACACCAAAUAUUUAAACCGGAUGAACUUUGAUCAAAAUUGAGUUUUUCUUAUGAAGGUAGAAAGGUGGUACCGAAAUAGAUAUUUUGAGCCAAUUUUCACAAUUUCAAAAAUUGUGUAAACGUGUGCAAUUAAAUUUACAUUUUCUUAAAUAAAAACAGUGAAACGUCCAUUUUUAUCGUCUAUUUUUUUCAUGCAAUUUCGAUUGAUAUAUUUUUUAUAAAAACUUUCUUUUAGCAUAUUUAUUCUAGUUUAUGCAACGCGAGGGAGGUCAUUUUUGACUAUCCUUGUAGUUUUCUUAGUAAAUGGGAAAAAUUUAAAAUUACGUGUUUAGUUUUGUUGAUUUCCGGUUUACCCUCAUAACAAUAAAGGAAAAAGUACGACUACAAUACUUUGAAUCGUUUUACGUUCGCGUUGGUUUAUCAUGUUGCUUGCAUAUAUGUAUUAAAUUACUGUAUAAUGUAUCCUUCUUUCCAAAUUCCUUCCUAAAACAGUAAAGCACAUCCAAUAACAGCAUCUGAAGUUUUUUGUUGCAUGAUUUUUGAUUUGUGUGUGUGAUAACAAUAAUCUAUUUAAUCUAUACGAUAUCCAUUUAAAUACAAAGUUCGAUAUGUAGGUACACAUCAAUUUCAACACUUGUGUUUCUAUACACGUAUAUAUUUUAUAGGUACCUAUAAAUAUUUCUUUUUAUUUGUGUGCAGCGCAAUGGCUACAGUACAAUCGAAGGGAAGAAAUUAAUAUAGGUAUAGGUACUAUGACACUCGGGCAAAUAACCCCUCGUUCUUUUAUAUAACAAUAAUAAUGGGAAAAAAAAGUUGGUAUAGGUAUAUUAUGCAAUGAAUAAUAGUAUAAUAUAUAAUAAUAUAUUAUAACCUUCAUAUCCUCUGUACAUAUCGCUAAAACAUACAUGUAAUAAUAUAUCGUUGGUAUCGCCUCGACAGAGUUUAUCUUGAACACGACCGUCGUAUUUGUAUGAAUGAGGUAAAUUAUUUAUAAGUAGCUGAUGAAAAAAAAACUUAUCUUAAAUCUUUUUUCGGAUUUACCAUAUAUUUGUAACCUAUUGUGGUUCUUACACCAAUAAUUGACGUGCAUAAGUAUUAAAUAUGCGUUUUUUUAUAUGUAUAAAUAUACAAAUAGUAUAAGACAUAGGUUUACGGCAACACGACAUUGCAUAAAUUGAAUACACCUAUAUAAAAAAAAAAAAAAUAAUGAUACACAAGUAUCUAUGUAAAAAAUCGUUUUUUGAAAUUAUUUAAAUACACGAGUCUAUAUAUUUAGUUACACAUGACAUCAACCAAAAAUGCAUUUGAUAAUGCCCCCUCUCCCCCAUAAUAUUAAUUUUCAUGACGAAUCUUUUUCAAUUUAAAUUAUAGUAGCCAAUAUGUUGUAUUUUUCAUGCCAUUAUUUUGUAAAAAAAAAAAAUACAAAAAAUAAUUUUAACCUGAUAAAAACUUAAGUAUUUUUCAAAGAAAGCAUCUUAAAAAAAUUUGACGGUACAUAUAUCUGUAAAAUAUUUAACUAUAUAUUAUUUCUCGACGUGCGUAAAAAAUUGACUACCUAAUAAUAUUUCACUAUGUAAAUAAUUUAUGUCGCACAUGCCAUUGAAUAUUGUAUUAAUAUACAUGGAAAUAAUAUAAUUUACAUACAAAAUUAGUCGUGUCUACAUUUAAAUGUUAUUUAUAAUUAAUUGCAAUGUUAAUUGUAUUUAUUAUUAUAUAUUCACAGAAUAUACACAAAUUAAUUGCAGUUUAUAAACAGCAUACUAAUAAUGAAACGUCGUUAAUAAUAAUGAGUAUUGUACGAGUAAAUUCAUUUGAAGACAUUAUUAUUAUUAUUGUUAUUAUUAUUAUUAUUAUCAAACCCGUUUAUAAAUUAUUGAAAUACAUUUUACUAAAAUUAUUGAACAAAAAAAAAAAAAAAAUGACAUGUUAAAUAAUUAGUAAACACCCUGUAUAAUAUAUAUUAUGAGUAUUUUAUUUAAUUUAAAUUUUAAAAAACCUUUGGAAUUAUUAUUAUAAAAUAUAUAGUUCAGCGUGUUUGAUAUUAAUAUACAAAUAAAAUAAAAAGAGGGUUUAUAUUAUACAUUAUAUGGCAGUGACUGGAGUUUGUAGUUUUUUCUAGCUAUUAUAAUGUGAAAGAAAAUGUACAACUAAAAUUAUUUUCUAUAAUUGUCAAAUAAAUUAAAUGUGAAAAACGAAAUUUGUUAAAAAAAUAGAUAAGAGUGUAUUGUUUCGCUUUAUGGUUUAUGUAUAGUUUAGGUAUCCAUAUUGUGUAAUUACGCCAAACCUAACUUGAUUUAAUUUAACGCGAUGUGGAUGUGAGUAUGUGAUAUAUAUAUAUAUAUUAUCUUAAAUACAUGUAUUUACAUAUAGGUAUUAUUUCACAAUAAUUUUUUGUUUUCUCACAUAUUUCACAUAUACAGUUAUGACUUGUAUACUAAUAUGUAAUAUUAUCCAUUAGCAGCACUGUAAUACUAUUUUAUUUAAUCAGUUCUUUCAAUCAGUAAUAAAAAUCGUUUUUACGAGACAUUGUAAAAUCAACCAAUUUCGAUAAAUUUGAAAUGACGACAAAAUACAUAUUGUAUCAUUUAAAUAUGGUUUCAUAUUUGAAAGAUUCAUAAGUUAUAAAUAUUGUUCAAUACUUAUCUUUAUCCCUAUCUACAUAUUUGAAUAUAUUUUGUACUUUUCUCGUCAGUGAAUUGUUAAACAUUUUUUUUUUCUUUUUUUUUAACUCAUAUAAAUUCACGCUCUAAUAUAUAGUUUUAUUAAAUUAUUUAUCGUGUUAUAUCAAAAGAAAAACUAUUUAGGUAGCCUACACUGAGCAACGUUUAUUCAGAGAAUCCAUAUCCCUAUCAAAUUCGUUGAAUGCAAUAAAUGAUCUUUUUUUGGUAACAUUCAACUGUGAUCCCAUAAAAAAAAAAAUUGCGAAAUACUUUCGAAAAGGACAUCUAGUGGAAUGUAUGAGAACCUACCUAAAUAUUGUAAAACGGUUAGUUGGUGACUAGACAGGAAUGCCGUUAUGGCGCCGUCGCUUUUAAAAUGCCAAUGUUAUAUAUUAUGUUAACAAUAGUCUACUGAACUGUAUAUUAUUGGAUAUUAUUAUUAUUCAGGAUAGGCAACACCAACAAUUAUUUAGAAUUUGAUACUACAUGCUCGAUUCUUGAUACCUUUGUUUGAAAACAAAAGAUCGAUUCAAUAAUAUUAAUUUAAUAUUCGAUUUAUUAUUAUAAAACAUUUUUAUAAUUUACAUCUAAAAACACGUUAUAAAAUACAAUAAAACUGUAUAAAUCUAAUCUAUUUAACCAUGACGUGCAGGUUAUCACGUUUUUAUUAUUUAUCAUAUUAAUAUAUUAAAACAUCGAAAUCGAUAUUAAUAAUUUUGUUGGUUUCAAUGUUCGUUCGAUACCGUUUUCGGUUUUCGGUAAGGUAGGUAUCGAAUCGUAUGUCUAUAAUAAUAAUUAUUUAUGAUUCCUAACAAUACAAUUAUAAUACCAUAAGCGCUUUUCAUACGCGCUAGAAACCCCGUUUUAAUAAAAUAAAUAAUAUGUGUUUUAUUAAUUUCAAGGAACGGAUUUAUGUGUGUAGGUAAUUAAAUUUCGAAAAUAUGUACAUAAAUAUAAAAGUAUAAUUUAUAAUAUAUCUAUAAAAACCAUGAAUAUAUGUGAGGGGAAAAAUAUAAAAUGUAAAGAUUUUAUAUAGGAUAGCUGACCCGAAAAUUCUUUACUAUUGCUAGAUAAUAAUAGUGUAAAUAUAAGUAGUAAUAAUAAUAAUAAUAAUACAAGUUUUAUUCUCCAUGACUACCAAAUUGUCAUCCAUGUUACCAAGGUAACCCGUGAUAAACAAAAAUAAAUAAAAAAACAAUUAAGUAUUUGUAUCAAGAAUACCUAAAAACCCAUAAUUACCGCAAUUUUCGUAGGAAUCUCUAGUUUUUUGAAAAUAAAAUACAGCAGCUCAUAUUACUCGCUAAUAAUGUAACUUUUUAUAGGUGAAAGAAGUUUUAAAAUCGGUUAAGUAGUUUUCAAGCUUAUCGACUAUAAACAUACAAACAAAUCUUUUCUCUUUAUAAUAUUAUUAAUAGUUAAUAAAUAUAUAUUUUAGUAUAAUAGAUGCGGAAUUUAUAUCUGAUAAUACUUUAUUUGAAAUAUUUAUCGAGAUUUUCAGCUUUUUCAAUUGUUUGAUUAUUUUUGAUUUGUGAGUUUCCCUGGCAACGAUGAAUAAAACCGACCAUUAUAGUAUACUAUUAUUCCGCUGAAAAUAGGUUAUUUUUUAUUUGCAAUGAGUAAUCGUUGCAUAGUAAGUAUAUAAAUUAAAUUAUCCUGUAUUCGUAUACCUUCCCUGCUAGCCACCUGCAACAGUGGCUUACUCGUGAGCAGUCACAGUUUUUUGAAAUGCAUAACCUCCCCCUCACCAAAAAUGUAGCCUGAUUGCGUCACUGUUCAAGUAUACCUAUUGAUGACUAAAAUAUGUUUACAACUGGCGCACAUUACGCGGGUUUUCGCUCUGGGUUUCCAAUAACCCGCGGCCAUCGCGUGCACCGUCCAGUUUAUAUUAUACGGUUCAUUUCCUCCUCUAUAUAUGGCCCCCUUAUAAUUAUUGUCAGGGUCAUGGAAGGGUCGAUGAAACAUUAAUAGUCGCCAUAUUUACUACGUAGGUAACAGCCGUCGUCGUCUGCUGGCGCAUUUUUUAUUAUUGGUUGGGUCAAAUUUGUAUAAUAUUACACCGGUCUGUCCGAUGAUUUGUAUGGACCAAGUACAGUAGUGGACUAGUGGACUCAGUAGGGGUAAUAACGUAAUUUACCCUCCCUCCCCAAACAUCGUAGUAAAGCUAGUACACCUUUUUUUUGUAUUAUGGUAAAAUAUAUAUUUUUUCAUUGUUGGUAAUGGUUUUGCCUAUCCCCCCUCAAAAAUAAAAAAAACAAAAAUUAACUUUUUGAUCCGUCUCCGACCUAAUGUUUUAUUUUAUUAGUUCCUUAUCUAAAUCGUUAAGUUUCCGUUUUAUCGCAGGAGCAUUCGGUAGGUACUCAUCGUACCGUAUUUUCCGCUACGACGAUUUUAAACUGCAAAUUAUAUUCGCGGUAAUUUUUUUUAAAUCUUACGUCUGUGAAGUUGGCCCCCCGACUUUGUCCAAUUGACUCCGGACUAGUUACAAAAUUUAGUAACCUUUUGGUAACUAAUUGUAACCAACAUCAAACAAUUUGUACCAAACAGUUUCCGAGAAAUCUCAAUUAUCAUUUCAAGGGGCUAACUUCAUGCAACCCCCGACUUUUUCCUAUCGACUCUGAAUCAAUUCCAAAAUUUGAUAACCUUAUAUAUAAAUAUAUAAAUAAUAUAUUUAUUAUUAUUAUAUAUUAUAUACAUAUAAUAAAUUAAAUUUCUUAGAUCUUAUGGUUUCCAUAAUAAAAAAUAAAUUUGAUUUUAGUAUAUACAGGAAACCUACACAAACUGAUGCUAUAAUACUACAUGAUUAUAAUCACCUUUAUUCUCAAAAAAUAUUAUUUAACUAAGUUUUUGACUUAGUGAUUUUACCUGACGAUACAUUUUCAAUUCGUAACCAGUCGUACAAUACACAUUUCAUAAUACCUUAAGCGACGUAUUUAUUUAUAUAUUUAUCAUUUGCAACUGACUCACAAGAUUUUUAUUUUACCUGACAAAAGUAAUAUUUACCUUUAAGAAAAAUCUAGAGUUUGAUAAUUGCAUGGUGUUUCGUAACAUUCUCCAAUUUAAUUUAUUUUAAUUUGAAAUGAAAAUUGAGAUUUCUUGGAAAUUGUUUGGUUACAAAUUGUUUGAUGUCGGUUACAAUUAGUUACUAAAAGGUAAUACAUUUUGAAAUUGAUCUGAAAUCGAUAGGACAAAGUAGGGGGGCUAACUUCACGGACAUAUAAAUCUUUCUUAGUUAUGAAAUCCAAAAUAAUAAUUUUAUAUAAAUUACAAUUUUUAGACAACACGUCGUUGUUACAAAUAAGUUUUCUAAUGUUGAGUCUUUAAUUGUCUAAAUAAUUUUAAAGUUUACUAUAGUUUAGACUUUCUCAAUGCUAUUAUAGGUACUUACUAUAAAUAAUAUCAAUCGAUCAAUCAAUUUAUCCAUGAAAAAUAAUUCUUGUAAACUUCAAAACAUUUUAGAAAAUUAACGAUUCAUUGUUAUAAUAAACAUUUUUGACACAAAAUGUAUGGCUAUCUUAGAUUUAAAAAUUACCAUUUUUAAUAAAAAAUUAUAAAGUGAACAAAUAGUGCAAUGAUUUAAAAGUUAUAUGCAUAUUAAAAACUUAAAAGUAAUGAACAGAAUAAAAGUUAUUACAUUUUACAGAUUUCCUUGGACAUAUCCUGUACAUAAUACAAAUAACCAACGUCGUUAUUGUACUAACUGAUCGCGUCGACAAUUACACGUUCUAUUUUAAUAUAUGUCUUUUAAAUUUAUAUCUUCCCGUAUACGGGAAAUAAUAUUAGUUGUUUUUAUUUACUAACCGGGGUUUAAAAUAUAUAUUUCGAUCCAGCUAUCAGAAUUUAAAAAAAAAAACAAAAGUGACUGGAUUACACUGCCGUGGAGAAUGGAAAACUACCUUAUAGCGUCACGUCGGUUCCCCGAGGAUCAAUAAAAUAUAUUGUAUUGUAAUAAUAACUACUUUCUGUGACAGAACAAAAAAAACAAUGUAAAAUCUCUGACAAGAGUUAUGCCUUUUAUUGCAGCGACAACCUCUUCGUUUAAAAAAAUUUAGCUAUAUAAAUCUCAAACAAAAGUUUAACACACAAUGUGUUUACCUAACUUAACCUGAUUAGUAGGCUAAGUAGAUAAUGCAAUACUGUUCUAUAAAACCCCGAAAAUGCUCUAAAAAAAAAAAAAAAAAAUACUUUUAUGUUCUAAAAUAAUGCACCUAUAAUAUGCUCUCUUAAAAAUAGCUGGGGAAGGGGUUAAAAGUUUAAAUCACCAAAACACACAUUAUUACACCAUGUGUGUAUAAUAAUACAAUUAUCCACCUGACUUUCCUGGAAGGUCUGUAAAAGUAUAUCAAGGUAAAAACCAUUCUCGUACUGCAAUAACACGAUAAAGUUCAUAUUGAAAUUGAAUCAAAAUUGUAUUACUUUAAUUCGCCCAUAAAAGAAACUCCAAAUCCCGAGUUUGAGCUAUUUUUGUCCAGAGAGAAAGCCGCUAAAAGUAUCCAAAAUUACCGGGAAAAUGAUUUAUAUAAGAUUAUAUACUAUAAUAUAUAUAACAGAUAUAAUAAACAAUACUGCAGUGCAAUAGUCUCUAUUUUCGGGACAAAUCCGACAAAAAUUCUUUGCAAAUUGAAAAUUGUUAAAAAAUGCAAAAUAAAAUGCCUUCUUCUCAUUUAAAAAAAAAUACAUGAAAAGAAUUUAUAACAAAACUAACAAGCUUUGACAAAUCAAAGGGCAUUAAAAUCCCUUUUGCCUUAAAUCAAAAUUACUCUGUAGUUAUGAUCGUUUAUUUACAUUUAUAUGCUUACAUUUUAAAAUGUUGCAUUGCGAAUUAGUAACACUAUAACACUAUAAUAUAUUUAUUAACACAACAUAAAUAAUUAAACACCGUGGUCGCAUGCGAUAGUAAUAUUAAUUGAUUGACGAAUUGUGUCAAUAACGUUCUUAGCUAUUAAAAUACGCUAAUGGUUUUUUUUUUAAACUACCGAUUUUAAUAUCAUAUAUUUUAUAAAUUAUAAUUUCCGUUGAUUUAUUAAACAUAAAUAUAAUCCUUUCAUAUUUAACACUGAUGUUGAUUUAAGCGAGUAUACCACAUAUUAUUGUGUUAAUACAUGUAUAUAAAGAUCGUAAACGAAUAUAUUUAAAAAAAAAAAAAAAACUAUGUAUAUGUUUUUGCAAACAUUUUUUUGGAGAAGAAAAAAUGCUUCGUUUUUUUUACAGAGUACAUUAAAAGAUGUAAAAUGUUCAGCCAAUGGUACUUUAUUUGAAAUAUUUGUCUAGAUUCCCAUUAGUUUUAUUUAAAUAUUAAAAACAAUUAACAGUAUACAAGAUGUGAAGUGUUUUAUGUUUGUUCGUCCUUUGAAUCUAGUUCAUUCUAUUUCAUAUGAUAAAACUAUGAUCAUCGCUUAAUUUUCUGAGAAUAUGCCUGACAAGUCAUAUACCUUACUUUUUAACUUGUAAACAAUGAUUUGUUUAUUUAUUAAAAUCGGGGAAUAUUUUAAAAAUAUAUAUUAUUGAUAAUUACACUUUUAUUGUUGCUUAUAUAAUAUUUUAGUAACAGGUUUCCAAAAACAUAGACAAAUAUUGAAUUACAUAUUAAAAAAAAAAAAUCAAAAAAAUUCAUUACCUACGGUGAAAAUAUUCUCCGUACAUGGUGAUUUUUGCUGUAUUUUUUUAUAAUGGUCAAACCAUUUAUUUAUUUAUCUGACAACAACAAAAACUAAUAUUCAAUACUACGUUUGAAAUUCGAGUUUCAAUGGCCAGUGUUCCAUACGGUUUAUUUGAAAAAAAAUUAAUGAUUGAUGUGAUCAGGAUUACCGAAUGGUACCUAUAUCCAAAUUUCCAUUAAUCAUUUUCGUGAAAUAUACGGACGUGGUCAUUUCAAUGCCGUGGGUAAACUAAUUUUGAAUGGAUUAAAAUAUAACGUGCCCGAUCGUAUAUAGUUUACAAACUUUACCUAUAUAUCCGGAGUAUUUAUCAUGUCAAAUUUUUUGACACUCAUCCUAUAAUAAUUUAAAUUGUUAACAUUUUGAUUAAAUAAUUGAUCUAGUUACAAAUUUAUUUAAUGUGAUUUUUCGAAUUUACGUUCAUAUUUUAGUUCAUAGUUUCAUACACAAUAAAACCUGCAGAGUUCUAGGUAUAGAUUGAUUCUAUCACGCAGCAAAAUCUCUGGUAGCUAACUAUGAUUUGGCCGCUUUUAGUAUACUUGUAUUGACUGAAGAACCUGUUGUUCUGAACGAAAACCGAACAUUGCUGCUGUAUGAUAAUGAUAAAAGACUGAAAUGUUUACAUCUGUAUUAUUAAAAUAAUCGUGUAAUUUUGAUGUUUUAUGAAUACAGAAUAUUUAUAAUAAAACAAACUAUAACUAAAUUUGUAUUUUAUUUAAAAAGAACCCAAAUUUAGGUUUAUAAAAAGGCCAAAUUAACGUUUUGCUAUUUCGGGUUCCACGUGAAAAAAGGAACAAAUCUAUAUAUUAUUUCACACCGUAGGUACUACGAGCAUAAAAUACAAUUAUUUUUUAUUUAUUUAUUUAUUACGAGACUAGCCCAGAUUACAAUGUUUAUACUUAGUAUUUAUGCACUAAAAUAUAAUAUUAUAUAACAAAUACAUGUAUAUAGAUUAAUAAAAUGUGAUGAAAGUUAAAGAUAUAUGAGUGAAGACUGAGGUUUCAAGUAACUGUUGUUCUUCCUGGACGGAAGGCGUGUUGUUCAUCAACCAGUAUAUGAUUUAAUGAAGAGCGAGUCGAACUUAGUACAAGUGUCUCAAAUAAAUUAGAAAAAUGGGGUAGAAUUGUAAUUAGACGUUAGUUUGAGACAUCGGCAAGAUCACCUGACUUUAGGAUAGGAGUGGGAUAGAAUAGGUUUUUGAUAGUUAAUUUGUAAUAGUUUUUGUGUAUACAGGGUGUUCCACGAAGAUAUGCCCAUUAAUAUAACUUCGGAGAUAAUAAAGAUAAUCAAAUCUUGUUUAUAUAUAUAUAUAUAUUACUAACGGGGAAAAGGAUUAGAAAUAUGUAUAUUUUAAAAUUUUCAUUUCUAUUAAAUUUGUAAUUUGUUUAUAAUUUUUUAAAAUUAUAAAAAACAGCCAUUAUGCAGCAGGCUGUAAUCGCAUUUGCUAAUUGACUAUCAUUAUUAUUGGUAAUUGACUGCAUACAUUUUUUCUUUGAACUUAAAGUAUUUAUUAAAAUUCAAAAUUUUGAAGGUAUAAAAAAUUACUAUAGAUAAUAAAAGAUAUAAAAAAUAAAUAAAGUUCGUGACCUAUACGCGUAUCCAAAAUUACUAAAGAAAAUGUCUGAAAAUUUAAUAAAAAUUAUGCAACUAUAUAUAUUAUAUAGAAUUCGUGCAAAAAAAACUCGAAUUUUGAGGAUGGAUAUAACCUUCGAUCCCCCUCCCUCCCCCCUUAUGCUAGUAAAAGGUAAUACUUUUUUUAGUUUUGAUUUUAACGCGUGGUUACUGCUUAUAUUAUAUUGGAAUUCGUUUUGUUUAUUGAUAUUUUAAUUGUAUUUUUCCUUUUUUUCGUUUAUUUAUUACGUUAAAAAAAAAAAAGAAGAGUUUUCCCGUUAUAUAGGCGACGUUAUGAAUAUAAAUAACUUUUUAAUCCCUACGUUAAAAUAUUUAACCGCAUUCUAAAAUAUUAGUUUUGGUUUUUUUUUUUUUAAAAAAAAGAUGGGGACCCGUUUGUUUUUCCAAUCGAACAAAUGUAAAAUGUAAUUAAAAAAUAAAUCGAAUUGCAAUUUGCAUUGCAAAUAAUGAAUUAUACAUAGUCUUAAUGUACUUAAUACGUGUACUAAAUUUUAAUUAUUAAUGAAAACGAUUAUAUAGGUAUACUACUACAAGUAUAUAUACUUGUACUUUAUACAAUGCGAUUCGAUUAGUUAUUUUACUAUCGAGUAUUGAGAAAUAUAAAUUAAUCUAUAUUACAUGUAUAUAUAAAGAAUAUCAUAUAUUAUGGUAUUAUACUCACGGUGCAGUGAUAUGUUGGUUGAAAAUUCCAAUUGUAAUCAAUAACACGUAUAUUUAGUGUUUAAUAUAUAGGUAAUCAUUGUUCGGUGAUGAAUACCCUAAGACUUUAAAAUGUGUAUUGUAAAAAUUCUAUUAUUUUUUCAUGUACAAAAAAAAAGAAAAAUGUAUAUUUGGUAGGCGGGAACGUCUUGGGUGGUGAACACGACAUGUUAUAGAUAGUAAUUUAAACAUUAAAAGUACCUACCUAUAUAUGAUACAAGUACACCGACUAUUAUAGAAUAACGACUACUAAAAUCGUUGAGAUUUUUUUUUUAUUUGUAAAAUUUCUAUCUGUAAAUUAUAGGUAGGUAUAUUAUGAAAAAAAAAAAAAAAGGUGAGGUUAUUCUUUUUAAAAUAUACGUUUUUGACGAUAUAAUAACAAACCGACCGAACGAAUAUUCUCGUAUUCUUGUUGCUAUAUAUUUAUAGGUUUUUUUUUUACACUCAACUAACAUUAUUAUUUGUCGAACGAUUUAAAAAAUUAAAAAAUACUUUCAUUCAACACGUUUUAUAUAAAAUAUAUUGUAAAAAAUACUACAAAUUUGAGAUUGUGUUUAUAAUAUGAAAUCCUUAAUAACCAACUCUGGACUCGUUUAUUAUAACCGAGCAAUCUAAAUAUGCAUUAACAUUACGAGAUAUUCAUCAAUUAUAAUUAGUUAAAAGUAUCGUUAUUAUUUUUUCUAAAAAUAUACGAUUGUUCUAAGCAUGCAAUAAAAAUUGAGAUAAAAAUUCCAAUCGCGAUACAUCAAGAUACAUCAAAUAAGGUAUAAACGAAAACGAAACAGAAUAACUAAAUUACAGUAUAUAUUAGAUUUAAUUAAAAGUCAAAAACUGCAAUGGUUUGGACAUGCAAUUCCAUAGAAUUAAUGAUAGGGAACCAGAACAACUAUAGAAUGGGGCUUGGGAAUAAACAAGUAAAAUACCAAUGUGGGACAUUUGGAAAGAUGCCCCGGAAAAAAUGGGAAAUAUUUUUUGGGAAUGUAUUAGAAACAGAUACAUAUGGAAUAACAAAAUUGCUUUUAAUAAAUUAGAGAAAAGAGAUAAAAAGUUAAAUUGUCUCUAUAAGUAAAUAUUAUCGAGAAAUAAUAAUAAUAAAAAAACGUAUGCUAAAUUUGUGUAUUUCUCCAUUGUAAUAUACUAAUAUAUUAUCGAUACAUCGUAGUUCGUAAAUAUUAUUUUGUAAAAAUGUGACGUCUGGUAUUUAUUCGACUCGUUGAAUUUAAUAUAAUAUUAUAAUAUUCUAGGUUUCCAUAUAAUAUAAGUAUCUAUUGUACGAAAUAUUAUAUAAAUUAUAAUAUUUUGCUGCGCGAAACUGAUGGAUCCCGACCACGACUAUGUGAGCAGACGUUUUAUAUUUAUACGUGGUAUUUCGAUAUGCGCGGGUGGUAACACCGGACGCAUUACGCGCAUCAUAAUAAUAAUAAUGAAAGAGGGGCUAUAUGUACAUGAACCCUUAUAUAUCCUGACCGGAUGUACGUAUAGGCCCAUGACUUAGGAAUGUAUAUAUAUACAUAUAUAUAUAUAUACUUAGGACCGUCUGUAUGUCCUAUAAAUAUAAAUAUAUGUACGCGUUUACUAAUCGGAAGGUUAUAAUAAUAUUGUUUUCCUCUAAUUGGACGUGUAUCGUGUUUCCCAGUUAGUUCACACCCGCCACAAUUCUACGAUAGUAUACUACAGUAAUCACUAUCAUCGUUGCAAUACUGAAUUAUAACUGCGCAUAUUCUGUUUAGAAUAUCUAAAAUACAUAAUAUUGUAUAAAUUAUUGAUUUAGAAACGAAAUUUUCAAUAAUCCUAUAAUACACUUAACCCUUAAGCAGUUGCGUGAGGGUCUUAUUGACCCUCCCAUAAAAAAUAAAACUUUUAUAUUACAAAUCAUUUAAUUAUAAUAUAAUAUAGUUUUGUAUUUAUUUUUAUUAUUAAAUUUGUAUCCCUUUUUAUAUGGCAUAUUAUGGUAACUCACUGUCUUUGAAUUUAAAAAAAAAAAAAUAACUUUCUAUACAUAUAUCACGCAUUUUUACGAAUGGGGCCUGAUAGACUCCCUCUUAUGUGAUUAUAUGAACGUUAAAAAAAGGCAAACGCCUGCUUAAGGGUUGAUUGGCUGCAGGUUUAUGCUGUUAUAAACGCUUCGAAUCAUUCAUGAAAACGAACAUCGGAAAAGAGAUGUUGUGGUGUGCCCGCAGUAUUUCAAUAAGAGGGGAUAUAUAACAAAUAAUAAUCAUGAAUCUUUAUAAUCUUCUUCUCUAACCCAACUCGAAUAUGGAAAUUUGAAACCCGGAUUCUAAAAAGUUAAUUUUCAUUAAUUAAUGAAUUAAACUUUUUCGUGUAAUUUGACUGAAAUAUAUUAUGCCUAUACUCUCCCGCGCCAUUAGAAGAGAGUGAUAAGUUGAAUUUUAACUAUUUUUACGAAUCACGUUUUUUAUUUAAUCGAUUUAUAACAAAUAUUUAUAUAAUUGUUUACGCACACAACUUCAAGAUUGUAUGUAAUAGUUUGUUGGUAGACUAUCUGUCAGAACUGUAUUUUUCAAUAAUAAUCUUAAUUUAUGUAGACCGUGUAACAUCUGUUUUAUUUACUGCUGCCGGACAAAAUGGUGCACCGUAGUCCUAGUAAACCGGUAACAUGUAACGUAUGGUGACCCUAACCUGGGUAUACAUUUAAAGAUUUGUCUUAGCCUUACCGCCGAUUAUCAGCAAUUAGUAUCCUUUUGAAGUAUUGUAUAUUUGAUUUAUGUGCGUUACUCUCGGGGAAUCUGUAAAUAUCGCAGAGACUCGUAGACAAUAUGUUCACUAAAUUCUUAAUAAUUAUAUUUAAAACUAUUGUAGUGACGUUUCAUUUGUUGUACGUUCUAAGAAAUAUUUUAAGAUAAUAGUCGUAUUAAAAAUACGACUAUUAUCUUAAGUACCCAUUUUUGCUGUGAAAAAGAACUAAGACAGCUUAAUAUAUCCGGUAUUUUAUACCUACUUAUGUUCUGAAAAAAAUAUGUACAACGAUGAGAGAUAAUGAAAUCAUAUGCCCUAAAUGUAUUCGUUUUUCAAUUUUCGUCUUUUUUCAGUUGUCAUAUUUUGACGAUUAAAGCAAUAUUUCCGGUAGAAAAUAUUGUCCGUAAAAAUUAGAAACAAUGAAAUCUGGAACAUCUCAGUGUGCUGUAAAUAUUUGCUGUUUUUUCAGUUUUCCCAAUUAGUAUGAAAACCUUUAGGAAAUUCAAAAAAAGACCACCCCAAUAAGAGAAAUUUCCUUUCAGAAAAGUUGCUAUACUUGAUUCACCGGAGCAAGUUUUCUGUUCGAAAAGUUGCUUAUAGAUACAAAAAAGUAAAAAAAAACACAGUAAAACUCAGGGACUAAAAUUAUGUAAUGUGAAAUAUUAAAUGUGCAAUACUAAAUUAAAAAGUGUGUAACGGCUGAAAUAAUUCUAUUUCGGGGAAGGGGGAGUGAUGAUACCUAUAAUAUAAUUAUGGUUUGAUGAGUAGUACGAAAAAGUAUAUAUUUUAGCCUCUGGUAAAACGAAUAGAUCUCUUGCUACGCUCCAAAUCUAAAAUGCAAUUGAGUAAAAUUGUAGACAAUUUAAUGCCAUAUCAACAUUCACAUCUGAGAAAUAUUUUACGUUUUUAAGAUAGCGUUGGCUUCCUAGCAAAACCUCGUAAGUCAUGUUUUUUGUGUCGAAACAACUUUUCUAUCAGAAAUUUCACUCCAAUUAAACAUUGUUCAGGAUUAUUAUUGUAGCAUUUUAGAUUUAGUUAGUGCAUUGAUGAGGAGCUCAAUUUUUGUUUUUUUUGCCAUUGUUUUUUAAAAACUAUGGUAUUAAUUAUGGCAGUAACUUUGUUAAAAUUGAUUUACGAAGUUUCGCUGAGUAGUCGACGACAUAGGUCUAUAUUCUUCCGACUGUCAGAAAAACUCGUGAUUAUUACACGAGUCCUUUUAACCCUCUUGCUGCGUUGUUUCGCCGCAUUCGAGUCCGUUGUUAAAUUUAUUGUUCUCGCUUGGACUCGUUUUUUCAUUAUAAUCAUAGCUCACGCGUUGUCCUUAAAAAUACAAAAAUCCCUAUACCAUUUACAAUAGCACAUCACGCGCAAGAGCGCAAGACCCGUGUCUGAAAACUUCGUUAAUUAGUCGUGUGGUGCAAAUGCAACAGACACAACCAUCGGUGUGUAUGUGAUAAGACUGCACGUUUUAGUAUACCCGGCUGUGUGUGUAUACUUGUAGAAGCAGUAUGUGUGCGUAGGACCGUUUAACAGUAAGAGGCGAGAGGAGUGAACUCUUGUAAUUUAUGAUGUCGAAAAAUAAGUUUAUGGUUUGGAUAACUGUACGUAAAACAUAUAUAUAUAUAUAUAAAGACAACAUGCCGCAUAAAUUGCCCAUAGUUUUAUUCCAAAAAAAAAAAAAAAGCUGAUACUGCUAUUGGGUGUGCCACAGUUGUGUGUAGGAAAUCGAAAAGGUAUAGGAUCGCAGAAUUAUUAAAUUUAUAUCUUUGUACAAUAACUGCUAAUAAAAUACGAUUCUGAAUGAAGUUCGAUUAAAAACGUUUUUAAAUGUUAUGAUUUAGACAAUUGUUGUUAAAAUUUAGACUUAAAAAUAUAUAAGUAUAAAAUUAAUUUAAAUUAUUUUUUUUACUACUUAGUACAACUUAUGAUGAACUUCAUCUAAAAUUUUUAAACAUUCCUGAUUAUUUUAGCAAAACGGGAUUAUUAUUUCGAUCUGUAUAAACUCCGCUUUUCGAUCGAUAAAAUGGGAUUUGGCAAAUUUUAAAUUUUGAUCCUCGGCACGCCUUCUAUUUUUCUGGUUUCCAAUCUUUUGAUUUGUUGACUGUCAAUCAUCCUUGGUCUUCCUCUUCAAAUAUUUACCUUAUACACAACCAGUGGUGCCCAAACUAUACUUCGAGUGUAGCACUUGUUAUACAUCAUAUUUUUGGUAGUUGGGAUUUGAGAUAGUCGUGUAGAAUGUGUAUAAACAUUGAAGGUGGUAGGUUGUAGGGGUUAAAAAUUAUAUAUUUAUAUAAGUAAAAAUUAUUGAGGUGGAUGGUGGUUUUGAAUUUAAAUUCUGCUACACCAUAAAAAUGUAUAGUUUUGGUGCCAUUGUACGCAACCUUAAAAUUUCAUUAAACAAUUUUAACGAACUAUCAAGACGUAGUCAUUUACCUAUUUUUAUAAUUUGCCUACAUUGUCUCUUUAAUCCUUUUAAUACUUCUUCAUAUGUUAGUGUCUAUUGUCUUAUUGUUUAUUUCUUAAACAUAAUCUUAUACAGUAACACCGCAGUUUCAAACUUUAUAGUUUUAUCUUACUAAUUUUUUGUUCACUGUACAGGUUUUAAAACAUAAUUAUGUCAUACUAAUUUAUAAUACGUAUAGGUAUAGAUAGACCUAUCUUCAAAAUUUUUUUCUUAAUAUUGAAUAUUCGAAUACUGCCUUUGAUUAUAAUAAGUGAUAUUUUUUUUAAAAUUGUUAUUUUAGGGACUAUAAAAGUAUUAUGUUUUACGCAAUAAACGAGACAAACAUAAUAUUAUGUUUGUCUUCAGAAUAUAUAAUACGUAUUCUAAAUAAAAAACAUAAUUAAUAUUCAAAAACUGUACGCACGUUUGUUAUGUUAAAUGUAUUUUGUGAUAAUGAAGAAAUGUAUAAUAAUAUUGUAAUCCGUCUAUUUGUCCGCGAGACAUCGUGUGAUAUAAUUGGAUUGACUUAAUCUGAUAAAGUAAUGUUUAGAAACUUACGUUUUCACGUGUACGCACGGAAUAAAAUCUUUCGUAAACUUCUACAAAACGCGUCUACCCGCUGGUUAAAUGGACUUUUUUUUACCUAGGUAAGUACUUUUGGCUCACACAAACAUUGUAAGCGCAUCUUAAGUUCUUUCUUAUUAUUUGUAAUUCCUUUAUACGCAUCGCGGCGUUCAUCGGAAAUCACUUCAAUAGCUUUAAAGAGAUUAUUUUCCGUAAUAAGUACACGAUGAGAAUCGAAACAUCUAAUUUUUCGAGUGUUCUUAUGAUACAAAUUCACAAAUAAAUAAUAAUAAUAAAACCAUUAUUAUACAUAUCCCUCAUUUAUUAUAAUCGCGUAUUUCAACGUAAGUAUUAUAUUAUUAUUUGAUUUGAAUAAUGCACACGCGUACCAUAAACAUCUUUAUAUUUAUUUCAUAUUUGUAGAAUAGAAUUUAUUAGUACAUUUUUAAUACUUUUUUAAUCUUCUUCUUCUUCUCUGACUUUUAUAAAAUUACUCGCGUAAAGGAAUUUUAGCCACCAACACCAUAUUAUUAUAUACUUAUUAUAAUACCGGUUUAUUUUCACCCACGUUAUAUCGUACGCAAUAUUGUGUUCCACAGUAUAAUAUACGAACGCAUGUGUUUAAAAGAAUUAUACAAAUACGACCGAACCGAUAAAACUUAUUCCUUACGGAGACGUAUAAACAAGUCGAGAAAGUUCAAAAAAGUAGUUCUUAUACAUAUAUGAACAAAACGUUUUUGUAAGCACUUAUCCCAACUUCGCUUAGUACGAUAAUAUUUCAGAAAUCAAAAUUAUAAAGUUUUAUUUUUUAUAUUCUGAGCGAAUGUGUAUGUAUUGGUUUACAAUAAUGUUUUUUUAUAUAUAUAUAUACGGUGUACAAAAAUUCUACCAGAAAUAUUGCUUAAAUUUUCAAGUGUAACACUUUUUCUGAACCAAAAUUUUAUCUAGUUGGUACUUUCAAGAUAAUUUUUUGAUUUUUCAAGCAAUUUUCAUAAAAAUUAAGAAAAAAAUGGUUCUUAAAGUCUUCAAAUUUGGGCAGAAAACUACAUACAUAUUCAAUACAUUUGAACCAUUUUAAGGCUAUUUAUAGAUAUUUUAAUUUUAUGAGUUUUGUAUGUAAUUUUUCUCGAGAAGCUUACUUCGGUAUGAUAAAGUAGUGAUUUAUGAAUACCUCCAUGUGGAAAGUUCACACAAAAUUGUAAACAGUCUUGUGCUCAAUGGUCGAGAUUUUAUGAAAUUUAUAAUCUUUACUGCCUCAUCAAGGACACUUUUAUGAGGUAUUCGCAUCUUUUUAAUAGCAAGUACUUGACGAUGAAAAAUGUAAUGACUAUUACUAUAAUUUUUUGUUAGUUCUUGAAUUCGCGAAACUAAGAAAUGUAAUAAUAAUUUGAAUUUAAUCAAUACAGAUGUGCCCACGGAGCCACGGAGCUCCUAGACUACUCUCACAGAGUACAGUUUGAGAACCGCUGCCUUACAACAAUAAUUUUAUAAUUUAUUAUCGCAUAUUGGAAUAAUUAUCAAUGAUGUAAAAAAAAAGUAAAAAACAUUAAAAUAAAUUAUCAUUUGGAUUUGAUAUAAUAUGAGAAAAGACAGUAAAAUUUAAAAUUAAUAUGGAAAUCCGAAUUCUGACGUAUUAUGUAUACUGCUAGAGAAAAAUACAAGUGCUAAAAAAAAAAACGUAGAAAAACGUACUAUUUUACAGUUACAUUAUUUUAUAAAAAUACGGACGACAUUUUCUACCAGAAAAAAAUUAUUUCAUCAAAAAAUUACAAGAUACCUUUUUUGUUGCCUUUUUGAUUAAAUUUCUUAUGGUAUCAUCACCAAAACUUUUGGGCUUUUAAGGAAUUUUAAUUUUUGGGAGGUUUUUUGCUGUAAUUCAGUUAUAAAUACACGUAGAGACUUGAAACUCGGUAAUAAUACUUAUAUUGAACUAACCUAGAUGUAGUAAAAUUUCUAAAGUCAUCGGGUAACUUUAAUUUUUAAUAAGCGUUUUGAAAUCAAAUUCAAACAAAAUCGCAAAAAAAAAAAACUACGGUACUUCAAAUUAUGUAUUAUCGAACUGCGCUCAAAAUUGUCUUUCUUCAGCAAUAGUUUAUCGUUGAUAUAAAUGAAAUUACCUUUUAUAUCUUACCUUCCCAACUUCCCACCUACAACAGUGACUGUAACCGUCCUCAGUAUCAACUUUUUUUUUUUCUUAUAUCUAAUAUUUAAAUCAAGGUCCAGGGCUCUUGUUGCCGUUGCUUAUUUUUUUGAUUUACCAUUAAAAAUCUAGCACAGUGUUAUUGAAAUUUACGUCAUAUUAUAACGAUUUCAAAUAUAAAAUUUAAAUGUGGGUUUUUUUUGCUUGGUUCAUAUAAUAAUUGAGAAAAACCGUGAAAAAACUUAGUAGAAAUGGAUAAAUUUACGAAAAUGAUGAUUUUAUUAAUUUCAAUUUCGUUUUUUUUAUGUAAUUCAGUUAAACAUAUUCAUAGAUAUUUGGUAUUUGUACAGAAAACUGUAUUUGCUUUUUCAAGACGUGCUAUAAUGUUCAAACCAUUUGAAUCAUUUUUAGACUAUUUAUGUAGACAUUUUAAUUUUGAAAGUUUUUUUAUUCAGUACUUACUUUGUGGAUAAAAUUGUUUGACCGAACAGAUAUUUUUGAACAGAAGGUUCCUUAUAAAUUAUACUUUAUACUUAGUAUUUUGUUUUUAUAUAAGAAUUUUAAUGUCAAAUUUUGUCGAAAAUUGUAAAUAUCAUGACCUUUUAAAACACGUUUAAUUGAUCUCCGCUCAGAAUAGUUUUUCGUUAGCAUAGAAUAAUCGUUGCCUUAAAUUAAAUUCAUUAAAUUCCCUUCUAUAACCUACCUUCCUAACUUCUCACCUACAACAAUGACCCACCUAUCGUGCAAUGUAUGUCCGGGUUUUUUUUUUAUUUGUUUGCUUUUUUUUAAUAUAUUUCACUUUAAAGGGUUUAUUAAAUUUUUAAGGGUAUUACUGUCCCUUUUUUUGUUUAUUUCAAGUGCUAUAGUCACCUUAACCCCGGUAAUAACGUUUGCUGAUCCCUGAACAGGAUAAAUUGGUUUUUAUUUCUCCUACGUCAAAACACAAACUAUCAGUCUAUAACCUCGGGAUAUCUUCCUAUAACAAUAAUACAAUUGUUUUUUCUCCUUCCAGAAUGA